CACUAAUUUUUUUUUUUUCUAAAACCGUAUUGUUUAGUGUAUCGAGUAAAAGUGAUACGUUAUAUUAUUGUAAUAAUAUAACGGUUAUUUGUAUUUUGUGUUUGCGUAUAUUCGCAUUGUGUGAUACACUAUCAUGUACAUCGAACCCACGUGACAGAACAUGCCAAAAUACGUGAAAAUGAAAUGCAUCCUGCCUGCAGUGUUAUGGCUAUGGCAACUCAUCAGUUUGGUUAAUGCUCAAGGCGGAAUUGGAUUUGGAAUAAAAAGAGAGAUAUUCUUUUUGAAUUUGGAAGAUGGAUACUUUGGAUGUCAAGUUAACGAGUCUACAGCGGUAUUGCAGUUGUAUGAGCUUUCCAGGCUAUGCGAUGGCAAACAAGACUGUUACAAGGGAUCCGACGAACUGAGACGAGAACUCAAGUGCACAAACGACUGCGAGGCUAAAGAAGGAACGCCCUGUCAGAACGGCGCGUGUCUCGACUCCCUUUGCCAUUGUAACGACGGAUACGGUGGAUGUUCGUGUCAAGUGCCAGACGAGAACGAAUGCAAGUACCGGCCGUGUGACGUGUUCGCUCAUUGCACUAACACGCUGGGCAGUUUCACGUGUUCCUGUUUUCCGGGAUACGUCGGCGAUGGAUUUCACUGCCAAGAUAUCAACGAAUGCGAAGAUCCAGCCAUAGCCAGUAGAUGCGUACAGAACGCCGAAUGCUGUAACCUGCCGUCUCAUUUCUUAUGCAAAUGUAAACCCGGAUAUAUCGGCGACGGCGAAGUCGAGUGCAAAGACAUCGAUGAGUGUUUGAGACCGGACGCUUGCGGCAACAACGCAAUAUGCAGGAACACGCCGGGAAACUACACGUGCGACUGUCAACAAGGAUUUGUGGGCAACCCGUACGACGGGUGUGUGGACGUUAACGAGUGUAGUUUGCCGAACGCUUGCGGUCCCGGUUCUCUGUGCACCAACUUUCCAGGCGGACACCACUGUGAAUGUCCAGAAGGAUAUGCGGGCGAUGCGUACGGCGCCGGAUGUCAUGACGUGGACGAAUGUUCGCGAUCUCCUUGCGGCAAAGACGCACAGUGCCACAACAACGAGGGCAGUUUCCGAUGUACCUGUCCACCAGGAUUCGUCGGCGACCCGUUCCACUCUUGUAAAGACGUGGACGAAUGCGAGUCUUCGCCGUGCGGUCCCAACGCCGUGUGCGCAAACUCGGCCGGCAACUACACGUGCUCCUGCGCGACCGGAUAUACCGCGUCCGCGGAGGAAAUGAGAACGGGAAGUGGAUGCGCGGACAUCAACGAGUGCGGGGCGCCAUCCAACCCGUGCGGGGUCAACGCCAAAUGCACGAACGUCCCUGGCUCGUACACCUGCCAAUGUCUGCCCGGGUUCACCGGGUCCGCGAUAGAUCACUGCCAAAAUAUUAACGAAUGUGAUCACUCGCCAUGUGGAAAUAAUACCAUUUGCACGGAUACAGUCGGGAGUUUUGUCUGUUCGUGCAAAGAAGACUACACGGGCGACCCGAUGAAAGGAUGUCAAGAUAUAAACGAAUGCGAAAUCCUGAGUAAGCCUUGUGGCCCUAAUGCGAUCUGUGAGAAUACUAGCCCCGGAUUUAAUUGUCUUUGCCCACAAGGAUAUUCUGGCAAACCGGAUCCAAAAGUUGCUUGCGAACAAGUCGAUGUGACGGUUUUAUGUAAAUCAAAUUUUGAUUGUACCACUAAUGCUGAGUGCACAGAAGGUCAAUGUUUUUGUAAGAACGGGUUUAAUGCCAAAGGAUCAGUGUGUGUGGACAUUGACGAGUGCCUCGCUCAACCAUGUGGACCAUAUUCUAUGUGUUCAAAUACUCCCGGUGGAUUCCAUUGUCAAUGUCAAACGGGAUACGUAGGCGCCCCACCAAGAAUACAGUGCAAAGCUCCUUGCGAAGACGUCAAAUGUGGAAUGCACGCUUAUUGCAAACCCAACGGUCAAGAAGCAUACUGUAUAUGUGAAGAGGGUUGGACAUACAAUCCAAAUGAUUUAUCUUUAGGAUGUGUUGAUAUCGAUGAAUGUGACAAAGCAAAUGGACCAUUUGGACGAUGUGGAGGAAAUACGAUAUGUACAAAUACACCUGGGAGUUUUGGGUGUCAAUGUAAACCUGGAUUUACUGGAAAUGCGUUCAAACAGUGCACUGAUAUAAACGAAUGUUCUGACACCAACAGUUGUGGAAAAGAUGCUUUAUGUAUUAAUUUACCUGGCUCAUUUGAUUGUAUAUGUCCCGGAGGUUCCAUACCCGAACCAGAUCCAUUUAUUAAAUGUACCAAAGCAAUUAACUGCACGGCUGAUACCGAAUGUCCUGGAAAUUCUGUUUGUAGUAAUCAAAGGCGUUGUUUCUGCCCCGAGCCAAACGUCGGUGAUGAUUGCAGACAUCCGUGUGAAGACGUACAAUGUGGUCCCAAUUCCGAGUGUAUGUUGCUCAACAAAGAUGCUCAGUGUCUAUGUUCGGCUGGAUAUACAGGAAAUUCAAAUACAGGAUGUACAGAUAUUGACGAAUGCAAGGGUAAUCCUUGUGGUCCUGGAGCAGUUUGUAACAACGAACCAGGAUCGUUUUCUUGUCAAUGUCCUGGUGGAAUAAGUGGAGACCCGUUCAGAGAAGGAUGUUCGCAAGCUAAAAGUCCUACACAAUGUAGUGCAAAGUCUCCAUGUCCAGGAUCUGAAAUAUGUGUUCAAGAUGAAUUUGUUGGCGAGAGUGUUUGUAUAUGUCAAAAAGGUUAUAUAAGAGACCAGAAAACUGGUAAAUGUAGAGAUGCCAACGAAUGUACGGAACUUAGAGAUAAACCUGCCUGCGGAGUUAAUGCCGUUUGUAAAAAUCUUCCUGGAAGUUAUGAAUGUCAGUGCCCUCCAGGCUUCAAUGGAAACCCUUUUUCUAAUUGUGAAGAAUGCAAUUCAUUAGAAUGUCAAUGUAGACCACCGUAUCAAAUAGUUAAUGGAGAAUGCACAUUGGCUGGUUGUAAUAAAGGAAAAUGUCCAGCUGGUGCCGAGUGCGUGUCUAUUUCUGGUGGAGUAAGCUAUUGUGCUUGCCCAAAAGGAUAUAGACCUAGAGAAGAUGGAUCAUGUUAUGAUGUAGACGAAUGUGAAGAAAAAAUACAUUCAUGUGGAUAUGGUGCUGAAUGUAUCAAUAAACCAGGCACACAUGAAUGUUUAUGUCCUGAUGGCUAUAGUGGAGAUCCACACCAUGGAUGUUCUCGUAAUCAAAAGAAAUGUAUAAAAGAUUCAGAUUGCUUGUUAAACGAGAAUUGUAUUCAACCUGGAGUUUGUGUUUGUCCCGUACCAUAUUAUACUGAUGUUCUUGACAAAAAUCUCUGCAAAAGUCCUUGUGAUCGAUUUCCAUGUGGCGUGAAUGCUCAAUGUACGCCAAGUGAUCCUCCAAAAUGUUUGUGUCUACCUGGAUACAAAGGAGAUCCUUUGCAAGGUUGUGAAGAUGUCGAUGAAUGUAAAAAUAACCCGUGUGCUUUAGGAUCACAAUGCAUAAAUGAAAAAGGCCAUUACAAAUGUAUUUGUCCGCUUGGUACAGAUGGUGAUCCUUACUCUGUUGGUUGUUUAGGAAAAGAAGCACCAGAGAUUGAGUGUUCUACGGACGAUGAAUGCGUUGCACAGUUAGCGUGUGUUAAAGGAACUUGUACAAACCCUUGUAAUCUUUUACCUUGUGGUCAAAAUGCUUACUGUGAAUCUGAAAAACAUGCUGCGUGGUGUAGAUGUAGUGUUGGUUAUGUAGAGUCUAUAUUUGGUGAAUGUGUAUCACCGUGUGAUGGAUAUAUUUGUGGUAACGGUGCACAGUGUAUAGUAUCACCACAAGGACCUACGUGCAAAUGUUUAGAAGGUUCUAUUGGAAAUCCAUUUGCUGGAGGCUCUUGUGAACCUGAUACAUGCUCUAGCACCAGCCCAUGUGUUCCGCCUAAUAUUUGUGUUGCUGGACGAUGCAAAGAGAAAUGUCAAGAUCAUUUUUGUGGUAUUGGAGCUAGUUGUAAUCAUGAAACUAACGAUUGUGUUUGUAAUCCGUUGUUCAUCGGAGAUCCAAAUUACUUGUGCAUGCCUCCAAUUACAAUGCCUUCUUGUUAUCCUGGAUGUGGAAUUAAUGCACAUUGUGAAUAUGAUGUGUUUAAUGAGAAUAAAUGUGUUUGCAAUUCUGGAUUCAUAGGAAAUCCAUAUGAAGAAUGUGAUUCUCAAUCUAAAAAAUCUUGUUCAAAUAUGACGUGUGGAACUGGAGCAUUGUGUAAAGAAAAAUUAAAUUCUGUUGAAUGUCAUUGCCCAUCAGGAUUUAAAGGAAAUCCUUACGUUCAAUGUAUUGAUAUUGAUGAAUGUUUGAUUUCGGCUUGUGGUAACAAUGCAGUUUGUAUCAACACGAUUGGAAGUUAUGAUUGCAGAUGUAUUGAAGGUUACGUGGGAAAUCCGUUUUUAGAAUGUUCAGCUAAAAUGCCACAAAGCUGUCGUGACCCAUUGACUUGUCAAUGUUCAAAAAAUGUCCCAUGUCCAAUAGGAUUUACAUGUAAUCGUGGAAAAUGUGAAAACCAAUGUGAUAAUAUCAAGUGUGGUGUUAGAGCUGGAUGUGUAUUUGGUAAAUGUGUAUGUCCACCAGGAUUGAUUGGCGAUCCUUACAAUUUUAAAACAGGAUGUAAACCACAAGGCCAAUGUACAAACGAUGGUGAUUGCAAAGAUACAGAAAUAUGUUUCCAUAUCAAUAAAGAAGCAAGAAAAUGUGUUGAUGGUUGUAGUAAAUUACAAUGUGGACCCAAUGCCGUUUGUGUUACUGAAGGUCAUCGUUCGUCGUGUAUUUGUACCGAAGGAUAUGUUGGAAAUCCUGGAGACUUGUACUUAGGUUGUAAAGUCGAAAGGGUAGCACCUAAAGGAGAAUGUAGAACAGACAAAGACUGCAACUCAAAAAGUAAAGUAUGUUCCAUAAUAUCAGAUGGAACAUCUUCUUGUGUUAGUGCAUGUACUCGAGUAGCAUGUGGACCAGAUGAAAUUUGUUUAUUGGAAAAAAAUGACACACCCGUUUGUUCAUGUCGUCCAGAGUUUGUAUGGAAUCCAGUUAUAUCUAAGUGUGAAAAGCCUUCGUUGCCUGACUGCUCAGUCGAUGCUGAUUGUAAAGAUAAUGAAUCAUGUAAACCAGAUGCGCUGGGAGUACUAAAAUGCAUUUCAGUCUGUAUCGAAUUAACGUGUCCAUUUAAUUCAAUAUGUGUAGCUAGUAAUCACGAAGGUAGCUGUCAAUGUUUACCAGGAUAUGUAGGAAACACAAAUGAUCGGAAUGGUUGUCAUCCUACGAAAAAAAGUAGUUGCCAACGAGACGUUGAAUGUUUACCGACUGAAGCUUGCCUAGAAGACCCGGCUAACAAAUUAAAAUCAUGCAAACCAGUGUGUGAUCAUACCAUAUGUGGCUUAAAUUCUAUUUGUGUUGCAAAUAAUCACGUGGCUCAAUGCCAAUGUCCUCCUGGUACAUUUACUGGUGAUCCGUAUGAUUUAAAUGGUUGUCGAGAAGUAUCAUGUGUAUAUAACGACGAUUGUCCACAAACACAAAUUUGCAAUAGACAGUCACAUUCGUGCGUGAAUGUAUGUGACAAAGAUACUUGCGGAACUAAUUCGGUGUGUCUUGCUGAUGGGCAUACGUCUGUAUGCCAGUGUCCACCUGGUUUUAAACCUGAUCCUGUCCCUGAAAUAUCUUGCGAAGCCAUAGAAGUGUGCGACGAGUCUUCGUGUCAUUUCACUGCUAUAUGUGAAUCUAAUCCUAAUUCAGGAUACAUCUGUAAAUGCCCGCCUGGUCAUAUUGGAGAUGCUUAUACGGAAGGAUGUAGACAAGAAGGAUUAUGUCCAAACGGAAAUAUUGAUUGUCCAUUGUUAAGUGUCUGCCAAUCAGGAAGAUGUAUAAAUCCGUGUGAAAAAUCUUGUGGUAUAAAUACAAUAUGCAAUAUUAUUGAGAGAAAACCUAUCUGUUCGUGUCCCGAUAAUUUUGAACCUAUUCAUGGCGAACCAAAAAUUGGAUGUGUCAGAUCAGUAACUAAGUGUUUUAAUGAUUUAGAAUGCAAAGGUGGUGUUUGUUCAAACGGAGAGUGUAAAGUGGUUUGUCGGAAUGUCGAUGACUGCUCUUCUGGUGAAAGAUGUGUACAAAACAAAUGCGAAAUACCGUGUGCUGGACAUUCUCAAUGUAUGUCGGCACAAGCAUGCAUAAAUGGAGUGUGUUCACUGGGAUGUCGAAGUAAUAAGGAUUGUUUAAGCAAUGAGUCCUGCAUAAACGCCAAAUGCCAAAAUCCAUGUAAACGUGAUAAUGUGUGCGGAAUAAAUUCAAAAUGCAGUACUGUUGAUCAUAAUGUUAUUUGCACCUGUAACAAAGGAUUUCAACCAAAUCCCGUUCCAGAAGAGUCUUGUGUACGAUCAAACAGUAUAUGUCAUGAUAAUUUCCAAUGUGGAUUAGGUCAAGAGUGCAUUGGAAACAUUUGUAAAGUUGUAUGCUUGAGUGGAAUGGAUUGUGCCGAAGGAGAACGGUGCUCAAGUAACAAGUGUGAAAAAGUUUGCUUUACUGCGAGUAAUUGUUUAACUGGAGAAGUUUGUGUGGAAGGAAUUUGCCGACAAGGGUGUUCUUUAGAUUCAGAUUGCGAUAUCAGUCAAAUCUGUAUAGGCAACAAGUGCAGAUGUGGUAGUGGUUAUGAAAGUUCACCCACUGGUUGCAAAGAUAUCGAUGAAUGUACACAAAAUCCAUGUCAUCCAAGUGCUAAAUGCUUGAAUACACCAGGAUCUUUUCAAUGUUCGUGUUCGAACGGUAAAGUAGGAGAUCCUUACACUGAACCUGGUUGCAAUAAACCGAACGAGUGUAAAAAACAUGAAAAUUGUGCUUCAAAUUUGGCUUGUGUAAAAGGCAGAUGCACAGAACUGUGUAAUGAUGCAUGUGGAAAUAAUGCAUUAUGUCAAAUGAUUGAGCAUGCGCCAGCAUGUACUUGUCCAUCAGGAUAUUUAGGAGAUGCUUUUGAUAAAAAUGUUGGAUGUUUCAAAGUCGAGUGUCUGGUAAAUGAAGAUUGUCCAAAUGACAAAAUUUGUCAAACUAAUAACAACAAAUGUACAAGUCCGUGUGAUUUGAUAAAUUGUGGUCAUGGAAAUUGUAAGGCGUACAAACAUAAAGGCAUAUGUACUUGUAACAAUGGAUAUGAACUGAAAAAUGAUAAGUGUCAAGAUGUCGACGAAUGUAAGCAAAGUCCGUGUCAUAAAACAGCAAGAUGUGAAAAUACACCUGGAUCAUUUACGUGUAUUUGUCCUGAUGGACUGUUGGGCAAUCCAAAUGCUGAAGGCUGCCAUUAUCCAAACAGUUGUUCUACUAACAACGACUGUCCAGAAAGUGCGAUUUGUCAUCAGAACCAAUGCAAAAAUCCAUGUGCAGAUAACAAAGUAUGUGGUCGCAAUGCAGUUUGUUCAGUUCAACGUCAUGAAAUUCAAUGCCAAUGUCCUUCAAAAACUCAGGGUGAUCCCAGGGUGGAAUGUAUGAAAGUUGAAUGUUCAAACAACAAUGAUUGUACUUCAGGAAAAGCUUGCGUAAACUCAAAAUGUGUUAAUCCGUGUUCUGUACCAAAAGUCUGUGGAGAGAAUACUGACUGUAGUAUACAAAAUGAUGCCGCUAUGUGUAACUGUAAGGCAGGGUAUACAGGUGAUCCUCAUUUAGGCUGUACGCCAAUAUUAUACUGUGCGUCUAAUAGCCAAUGCCCCACUUCAACUAAAUGCAACAAUGGGAUAUGUACAGUGGAAUGUAACUUGGCAAGGGAUUGUGUUGGAAAUGAACUGUGUAUUGGAAAUAUAUGUCAACCAACUUGUCACGGUAAUUCUAGCUGUCCAGAAUUUCAAUAUUGCCAAAACAAUAUAUGUGUUCAAGAGUUGCGAUGCUUUACAAAUGACAAUUGUGAAAGUACACAAAUUUGUAAGACAAAUACAAUUGGCCAGACUCAGUGUACUGACGUAUGUGAAGAAGUUAUUUGUGGAAGGCAUGCUGAAUGCUCAGCAGUUGACCAUCAACCAGUUUGCAAUUGUGAACCUGGAUACCACGGAAAUCCACAUAUUGGUUGCCACAAAAUUGAAUGCUACGAAAACGAAGAUUGUACAAAUGAUAAAAUAUGUGAAGAUCACAUUUGUAAAAUAUCAUGUCUAGCAAACAACCCGUGUGGAUCAAAUGCCUUAUGUUCCGCAGAAAAUCACCAACAAGUUUGUUAUUGUCAACCAGGAUAUACAGGAGAUCCGUAUUUCGGUUGUGAUGUAUUAGAUCUAUGUGAAGCAGCACCUUGUGGACCAGGAGCUAGGUGUGAUAACUCGAGAGGUUCCUAUAAGUGUCUCUGUCCACUUGGAACUGUAGGAGAUCCAUACAAAGAUGGUUGUCAUUCACCAGUUGAAUGUCAAAUCGAUGAAGACUGUCCCCCAGCAGCACACUGCGUUCAAACUAAUGGUAUUCCAAAAUGUCAAGACAAUUGUGAGAAAGUUAAAUGUGGUCCAAAUGCUGAAUGUGGGACAUCGGCACAUUAUGGUUCCUGCAUAUGUCACCCAGGAUAUCAAGGAGAUCCAAAUGAUUUAAAUGUUGGAUGUAGACCUAGGGCUGUAGCGUGUACUUCUAAUCAGCAAUGCCCAAGUAAUACAUAUUGUUACGAUGGAGCUUGUAAAUCAUCUUGUCAAUCAGAUGCAGAAUGUGGUCUUUCUGAGCAAUGUUUACAAGGCCAGUGUAAUAAUCCAUGUGAACGACAAGGUUCGUGUGGAUUAAAUGCCGAUUGUAAAGUUAUUAACCACGUUAAACACUGUUCAUGUCCCGCUGGAUUUACAGGUGGCAGUGAAAUUGAAUGUGUUCGAAUUCCUGUCGCUUGUGAGAUAAAUGAAAAUUGUUAUCCAAAUAGUACAUGUCAUCAAUCUGUUUGUCAACCUGAUUGCCAAGCUGACAGCCAUUGUGCACUAAAUGAAAAAUGUUUUAAAAACCAUUGUGCAUUGACUUGCAGAGUAGAUAAUGACUGCUUUUUAGGACAUAUAUGUCUGAACAAUAUGUGUUUAUUUGGAUGUAAGUCGAACGAAGAUUGUGCUUCCGUGGAGUAUUGCAGAGAUAAUGUUUGCACAAAUCCUUGUGUGUCGAUGCCCUGUGGACCCAAUGCCAUCUGUACGGUUGCUAAUCAAAGGGCCAUGUGUUCUUGUCGAGUUGGAUUUGUUCCUAAUCCCACAGCUAAAGUAGCGUGUAUUAGAACACCGGCUGAACCAUGUAACGAAAACCAAGAAUGCCCGGCAAAUUACUCGUGCAAAGAUAAUUCCUGUCAACCCAUAUGUUCUUCUGACGCUAGUUGUCAUGGAAAUGAGAAAUGUGACAUGUCGGUAUCCAUAUGUAAGCCAUUGUGUCGCAAAGACGACGAUUGUCGAAGUGGAGAAAUUUGUAACGGAUUAGUGUGUAACGUUGGCUGUAGAAGUGACACAGAGUGCCCACAUGAUAGAUCUUGCAUUAACAACAAGUGCAGAGAUAUGUGUGAAUCUCCAACUGCGUGUGGUGUAAAUGCAUUAUGUUCAGUUUCAAAUCACCAAAAACAAUGUAGUUGUCCUUUACUACUCGAAGGUGAUCCUCUGUUUGCUUGUAGAUAUCCAGUGAUAAACUGCAAAGGAAACAGUGAUUGUAGUUCGGGCCAAACUUGCUAUACAUCUACUUGUCAAGCAGUAUGCCAAACGGACUCGGGGUGCUUAUCUGAUGAACGGUGUCAUAACGGAAUUUGCAAAGCAGUGUGUAAUUCAGACUCUAAAUGUAGUCCUAAUCAGAUUUGUGAAAACCGUUUGUGUGUUGGAGGUUGUCACAGUGAUGCUUCAUGUCCCGAUAAUGAAGCGUGUAUCGACAAACAAUGCAGAGACCCUUGUGACAGCGCUACUACUUGUGGCCCAUGUGCCGAAUGUAAAGUCAUUAAUCACGGAGUGCAAUGUAGUUGUAUGGCUGGAUUUAAUGGAAACCCAUUAAUCGGAUGCGUAAAGUCUACUUUAAAAUGCGAUGGAACGUGUCCCUGUGAUUUAGAAACCGGAUAUUGCAUAAAACGCUGUACAGCUAAUAAGGACUGUUCAUGUGGAGAAAUAUGUCACAAAGAUAUGUGUACAACGAAAUGUAGUUCCAGCACGAGUUGUCCAACAGGUCAUAUAUGUUCUGAUGGACUAUGUGUUGUCGGAUGUCGUACUAAUGCAGAUUGUGCCAAUGACCGAUCUUGUCAAAAUGGUAAAUGCAAAAAUCCUUGUGACGUCGUGUCCCCAGGGAUACCGUGUGGAAAAAAUUCCGAAUGUCACAUCAAUGACCAUAAAGCCAUUUGUAUGUGUCCCGACGGGUUCCAGGGAGAACCCAAUAUUGAAUGUGUUAGAUAUACUUGUGAAAAAGAUGACGAUUGUGAGACAAACAAAAAAUGUGGUUCCGACAAAGUAUGCAGAAAUCCGUGUUUGGAACAAGGUGCUUGUGGAUCAAAUGCUCAAUGUAGAGUUACGAAUAGAAUGGCUUAUUGUACAUGUCCACUUGGAUAUUAUGGAAAUGCUCAACUCGAAUGCAAGCCAGGAACGGCGGAUAAGUGCGCGUCGAACCCGUGCGGACAGAACAGCCGGUGCAAAGACAUUGCCGGCGGUUACGAGUGUCUUUGUCCUCCGGGAUGCACAGGUGACCCGAGCGUACGAUGCGUGUGCGAUCAAGCCCAACAACGGUCGGACCCGUGCAAGAAUGUCAUUUGCGGAAAACACGCGCUCUGCCAACCGGUGAACGAUCAGGACGCCAAGUGCUACUGCCCGACCGAAUAUCCCGCAGGAAAUCCAUACGUGCAAUGCGAAAUGAAAAAAUUACCCUCGGACUGUCGGACGAACGGUUGCGGUAAGGGCGCUGUCUGUCAGCCGACGGACGGUGCGGGAUCGACGGUGUACAAUUGCCAGUGUCCACCCGGCACGACUGGUUCUCCGCUAAAAGAGUGCUCCCAAGCGGUCGAAUGCGCCGACGACGGUCAGUGUGCAAACGAAAAGACGUGCAUCGACGGACGUUGCGUUGACGCGUGUAGCGUGAGAGACACCUGCGGCUUGAACGCUCUAUGCCGGCCGGUGUUGCACAGGGCCCAGUGCGUGCCCGACUGUUACGCGGGACCCGGCGGUUGGUGCGCGCGGCCCGGUGGCAGCUGCGUGCAGCGCGCCGGCGGGCCGGCCGCCGCGUCCCGGUGCGCCGCGACGCGGACUGCGGCGUCGCGGGCCUGCAGCCCGGCGGACGGCGCGUGCCGACCCGUGCGACGGCUGGCGUGCGACCCGCCCCGGGCCUGCGUGGUCCGCGACCACCGGGCCCGGUGCGCGUGCAAGCACGGUUUCGCGGUCAGCGAGCUGGGCGAGUUGUCGUGCGCGCCCGCCGAGCGCGAGUGGGCCGACGCGGAUUGCGCGCCGCACCUCCGGUGCACCGGACAGGCCGGUGCGAGCCCGUGCGACGGCGGCGGCCCGUGCCCGGCCGACAAGCGGUGUCUGGUGCUCGACCACCGGGCCGCGUGCGCCGACAACUGCGCGCCAACCGCGUCCAUGUGCCUCCGGACGCCGGGGCCCGAGCACGAGGCGUGCGUCAACUUCGCGUGCGUCGACCGUGCGCGAACGCUCGUGUCUGGACGCCCGUGCGGCGUGGACGGGCACCGGCCGUGCUGGUUCUGUCCGGCCGGUUACAGUGCCGAUCGAAGUCGGGAUCUGAAAGUGGUCGGAUGCUCCGGGCACUAUGAAUGUCCGUCCGGACAAGCGUGCAUUGCGAAUCAAUGCCAAAACCCGUGUCAACACAACAAUCCAUGUAAUUCACAACAAGACUGUCAAGUACAAGACCAUCAACCAGUUUGCUUGAAAUUAUGCCAGUGCCAAAAGAACGAUCACUGCCAAAACGGUUACGUGUGCGACGGAUGCAACUGUAUAUUAUCGAGUCAAGAUCCUAUUGCGAUCCCGGGAUGUGAGCAUUGCCCGACCGGUGUACCAUGUGAUACGAUAACUGGAGCUUGUGCUAAAGCACCAGGUACCGCGAAAAAGCCGCAAGUAUGCGAAUCCGACACGGAAUGUCUGGACUCGGAAGCUUGCUACAUGGGACAAUGUGAGAAUCUGUGUAGCUUCGCGACGGUAUGCGCGACAAACGCCAAAUGCCACGUGAUAAAACACAGGCCCGUGUGUUCGUGUCCCCCAGGAUACGAAGGAAACCCGGCUACAAAGUGUUAUCGGCCAAAACUAUUAACCUGCAAUACGAACAACGAUUGUACGAACGGCGAAGUUUGCAUCCAGCAAAUUUGCCAAAACCAAUGCACCGUUCACAACCCGUGCGCUCAAAAUGCAGCGUGUAUUAACACCGCUCAUGGGGUCGAUUGCAGCUGCGUAGAAGGAUUUCAAGGCAACGGAUUUGUAGGAUGUCUACCAGUUCGAUCGUACAAACCCAUUUGUCAAUACAACGAAGACUGUCCGCCAGAUAAAUUAUGUGAUCGAUUAAAUCGCGUCUGCAUAAAUCCUUGUGCGGAAGACUCUUGCGGUGAAAAUGCCGAGUGUUAUCCUGUAAACCACGGUACAGAAUGCAGAUGUUUACAAGGCCAUCAAGGAAAUCCAUACAUAUCUUGUGCAUCAGUCACCGGAUGUCGGUCGAACAAAGAAUGUUCAACUAAUGAAGCGUGCAUAAAUGGAAAAUGCUCUAAUCCAUGUCGAUGUGGUCCAAAUGCCGUAUGCGAUGUUGUGAACCAUAAAGCAACAUGCAAAUGUCUUGCCGGCUACAACGGAAAUCCAUUAUUAGGAUGUCAAGCACCUCAAAAUCCCUGCGAUCCAAAUCCUUGUGGAAUGCACGCCCUUUGCGAAAUCGACAAUGGAAAUCCAAUUUGCUACUGUCCGAAAGGAAUGACAGGAAAUCCAUUUAAAAGUUGCAUUCCUGAAGGUGACGAAUGCUCACCAAAUCCGUGUGGCCCCUAUUCUGGAUGUAGAGUAGUGCAAGGUUCUGCAGUUUGUUUCUGCUUAUCUGAGUAUGAAGGAGAUCCUCCUAUUACACCUUGCCGUUUACCAACCAAUCCUUGUACACCAUCUCCAUGCGGACCUAACACUCAGUGCACAUUGUUGGAUAAUGGAUUUGCCAAAUGCACAUGUUUACCAGGCUAUAUCGAAAGUCCAAACACAAUACGCGGAUGUGUAGAGAAAAAGAAUCCAUGUGAACCAAAUCCUUGUGGACAAAGCGCAGUAUGUGAUCCAAACAGGCAACCAUCAUGCUUUUGCCCGGAGCCAUUAAUUGGAAAUCCAUACAAGUUUUGUGGUGAACCAUUGAAAACAUUAUGUCAACCGGGACCUUGUGGAAUAAAUGCAGAUUGUUAUGUUACUGGAAGCAAUGAACAGUGUUACUGUAAAAAUGGCUAUUCCGGAAACCCUUACGAUGGCUGUGUUUUAAUUCCAACAAGUCCUUGUGAACCAAACCCAUGUGGAAAAUAUGCAUAUUGCAAAAUUUCACCUGAAGGAAAACCAUUAUGUUCCUGUCCGGAUGGUAUGGGUGGAAACCCAUUAACAGGAUGUAAAGGCCCAGAAUGUUCAACUAACGAUGAAUGCCCAUGGGAUAAAUCAUGCUUAGGUUAUAAAUGCAAUGAUCCAUGUCCAGGAGCGUGUGGAGUAGGAGCUUCAUGCAAAGUUGAAAACCAUCGCCCUGUAUGUACAUGUAAUCGCGGACUAACUGGAAAUCCAUUAUUCCGUUGUUAUCAAAUAAGUUCAGAUCCAGCUCCAACUGGAAAUCCGUGUUUACCCAACCCUUGUGGAAUUAAUACAGAAUGUAAAAUUCAAAAUCGUAAACCUGUUUGUACUUGUUUACCCAAUUUUGUUGGAGAUCCUAAGACUGGAUGUCAGCCAGAGUGUGUUUUAAAUACUGACUGUAAGAAUCAUCAAGCUUGUAUUGAUUACCGUUGUCGAGAUCCAUGUGCAUUUGGAAAUAUUUGUGGUCUUGGCGCCGUAUGUCAAUGCAAAGAUCAUACACCACUAUGUUCUUGUAGAGAAGGUUUUGUCGGAGAUCCAUUCCUACAAUGUUUACCAAAACCUGACGACGAGCCAUUUAAAAAUAUGACUCUUCCUUGUGCACCUUCACCAUGUGAUCCAUAUGCUUCUUGCAAUGUCUAUGGUGGUCAAAUAGCUAUGUGUGAUCCCUGCUCUUCAGCCGAACAACAAUGGAAUCCACAAUGUCAUCCUCAGUGUUUAUACAACUCUGAUUGUCCAUUUAAUUUAGCUUGUGUGGGACAGAAAUGUAUUGAUCCUUGUCCAGGGUCAUGUGGUAUUCAAGCUGAAUGUACUGUUGUGUAUCAUAAUCCAAUUUGUUCAUGUCAAUCGGGGCUAGUAGGAAAUCCGUACGAACAUUGUACUACUCCAAAACAAAACGAUGUAGCCAAGCCUCUUACAUGUGAUCAAGUGCAAUGUGGAGCAAAUGCUGUUUGCAAAAAAUCAAAUGGAAUGACUAUUUGUGUUUGCCGUCAACAGUAUUACGGAAACCCAUACUUAUCAUGCAGGCCCGAAUGUGUUAUAAAUACAGAUUGUGGUCAAACAUUAGCUUGUAUUAAUAACAAAUGCGUUAAUCCUUGUUUGGGAGUAUGUGGUGUUAAUGCUCAAUGCCAAGUAGUUAAUCAUUUUCCAGUAUGUUUUUGCCAACAAGAUUAUUCAGGAGAUCCUUUCGUUAGCUGUUAUCAAGCUGCUAGACCAAAUUAUCCACCAAUAAUGGGCCCUGCAGAUAAUGCUUGUGACCCAUCUCCGUGUGGUUCCAAUAGCCGCUGUCAUAUUUCGGAACAAGGAUUUGCAACAUGUUCAUGCUUACCAGGAUAUCGUGGUUCUCCACCAGUAUGCAAACCGGAAUGUGUUGUAAGCGCGGAAUGUCCUCAAACUCAAGCUUGCUUAAAUCAAAAAUGUGUUGACCCAUGUCCUGGUACAUGUGGUGUUGGAGCUAAUUGUUAUUCUAUUUGCCAUAAUCCGAUCUGUAGUUGUCCACCAGGACAUGUCGGUGAUCCAUUCGUAAGCUGUCAUUUACCUCUUGGUGAAGAAACUCCUAAAAUACCUGGAAAUCCUUGCGAACCUACACCAUGUGGUCCAAAUUCAAUUUGUGAAAUUAAAAAGGGACAUCCAGUUUGUUCAUGUUCUCCAAAUUAUAUUGGAAGUCCGCCAUAUUGUCGGCCAGAAUGUAUAAUGAAUCACGAAUGUCCACACAACAAAGCAUGCAUUCAAGAAAAAUGUCAAAACCCGUGCACAAAAUCAUGUGGUUUGAAUGCUAAAUGUGAUGUUGUAAAUCAUACACCAUUCUGUACUUGUGAAUCAGGUUAUGAAGGAGAUGCAUUUAUUAGCUGCACUAAAAUUCCACCAACUGUGUUACCUGAAAUUCCAAGAGAUCCUUGUAAUCCUUCGCCAUGCGGUGAAAAUACUCAAUGUUUUAGUGAACACAAUGGAGUUUCAAAAUGUGUGUGCAUACCACCUUAUAUCGGUAACCCUUACUCUGGAGGUUGUAGGCCAGAAUGUUUGAUGAACAGUGAUUGUAUGUCAAACUUGGCAUGUUUGGCUAGCCAUUGUCGAGAUCCAUGCCCAGGUGUAUGCGGUAUUAACGCUCAAUGUAAUGUUGUUAGUCAUGUACCAGUUUGUACUUGUUUACCUGGAUAUGUCGGAGAUCCAUUCCAAUCUUGUAGAAGAGAACCAAUUACACCGCCUACUCCUCAAAACCCGUGUGAACCUUCACCUUGUGGUCCAAAUAGUCAAUGUCGUACUCAAGGUUAUAAUGCAGUUUGCUCAUGUAUACAAGGUUUUAUUGGAACCCCUCCCUCUUGUCGUCCAGAAUGCGUUGUAAGUGCUGAAUGUCCAAUAGACAAGGCAUGUAUAGCACAAAAGUGUUCAGAUCCUUGCCCUGGAACAUGUGGAUUACACGCUCGGUGUAAUGUCAUUAAUCACAAUCCUAUUUGCACUUGUCCACCGAAAUUCGUUGGUGAUCCAUUUGUGAGGUGUAUUCAAGAGGAACCUAAAACUCCUCCGAUCGUCUACCAAGAUCCUUGUUUCCCAUCACCAUGUGGUGCUAAUUCUGAGUGUAGAGAACAUGAUAGUAGACCAGUUUGUUCAUGUUUACCGGGCAUGCUUGGAGCUCCUCCUAACUGUCGACCAGAAUGCUUAAUUCAUGCUGACUGCCCUACUAGAUUAGCAUGUCUACAGAGUAAAUGCCGAGAUCCUUGUACUGGAUCUUGUGGAUUUAAUUCUAGAUGUACUGUAAUCAAUCAUCAACCGGUGUGUUCAUGUGAGCCGGGCUACCAAGGUGAUCCAUUUAAUGGGUGCAAUGCUGUCGCAGCUAUCGAUUAUACGCCUGUUACUCCUUGCAACCCUUCACCAUGUGGAGCAAACGCUGUAUGUAAAGAAUCAAAUGGUGCUGGUUCUUGUUCAUGUAUCCCAGAAUAUUUUGGCGAUCCGUACUCCGGAUGUCGUCCAGAAUGUGUAAACAAUCUCGAUUGUGCGUGGAAUAAAGCAUGCAUCAAUUACAAAUGUAUAGAUCCUUGUAUUGGUGCUUGUGGUUUAUAUGCUGAGUGUAAGGUCAGCAACCAUGCUCCAACUUGCUAUUGUUUGCCAGGGUACACUGGAAGUGCUUUAUUAUCAUGUCACAAAAUUGAGUUUGAUCCAACAUGUGAAGUUGACUUGGUUAUUACAAAAAACCCUUGCAUGAAAUCACCUUGUGGGCAAUAUAGUCAAUGCCGAGCUGUAAAUGGCCAUGCAGUAUGCUCUUGUUUACCUGGUUACUUUGGAAAUCCUCCAAAUUGUCAUCCAGAAUGUAUAACUAGUUCAGAUUGUCCACAAGACAAAUCGUGUGUAAACCAAAUCUGUUCAGACCCAUGUCCAGGCACAUGUGGUUACAACGCACAAUGCCGAGUUGUAAAUCAUAGUCCAAUAUGUAGUUGCUACUCGGGUUAUUACGGUGAUCCAUUUGUUCGUUGUGCUAUUAUUGAAAAGCCUUUGCCACCAGAACAGGAUAGACUACCACAGAACCCUUGUGUUCCAUCACCGUGCGGUCCAAAUUCUAUAUGUCUUCCUAAAGAUUCUACUCCUACUUGUUCUUGUUUACCAAACUAUAUUGGCCGACCUCCUUGCUGCAGACCAGAAUGCACAAUAAAUGCCGAAUGCUUUGGCAAUUUGGCUUGUGUAAAUGAAAGGUGUAUAGAUCCUUGUCCCGGUUCUUGUGGCAUUAACGCCUUUUGUAAAGUGAUUUCCCACAAUCCUGUAUGUAAAUGCAAUGAUGGGUAUACUGGUGAUCCAUUUAUAGCCUGUCGACCAACACCAAUAUCACUUCCACCACCAGCAGAUGUGCCAAGUGAUCCAUGUAACCCAUCACCGUGUGGUGCAAAUGCUAUUUGCAAGGAAAGAAAUAAUGCUGGAUCUUGUACAUGUAUCCCUGAAUAUACAGGAGAUCCUUAUACGGGAUGUAGACCAGAGUGUGUGCUAAAUAGUGAAUGUCCUAGAGACAGAGCUUGCAUAAACAAUAAGUGUCGUGACCCGUGUCCAGGAAUGUGUGGUUUAUAUGCUGAAUGCAGAGUUAUCAACCAUUCUCCUUCAUGUGCUUGUCUUCCAGGAUAUACUGGCAAUCCAUUGUCUGCUUGUCAACUUCUCCCAGUUGCCAGCCCAGAUCUACCACCUAAAAACCCUUGCAUACCUUCACCUUGUGGCCCGUACAGUCAAUGCAGGACAAUAAAUGACCAUGCUGUUUGUUCAUGUCAAACAAAUUAUAUCGGUACACCCCCAGCUUGUCACCCAGAAUGUAUGGUUAGCUCUGAAUGCGCUCAAGAUAAGGCAUGUGUCAAUCAAAAAUGUGUGGACCCGUGUCCUGGAACCUGUGGCCUUAAUGCAAGGUGCCAAGUUGUCAACCACAAUCCAAUAUGUAGCUGUUCAGCUGGAUAUACUGGUGAUCCAUUUGUCCGAUGUUUACAAGAAAAACCGACAUAUUAUGAUGAACCAUCAAUUCCCACUAAUCCGUGCGUUCCAUCUCCUUGUGGACCUAAUUCUUUAUGCCGUGAUCACAGUGGAACUCCUGCUUGUUCGUGCUUGCAUAAUUAUAUUGGUCGACCACCAAAUUGUCGCCCAGAAUGUACAAUUAAUGCUGAAUGUCCUGGAAACCUCGCUUGUGUAAACGAAAAAUGUCGAGAUCCGUGCCCUGGCUCGUGUGGAAUAUAUGCGACAUGUAAUACAGUCAAGCAUGUACCUCAGUGUGUUUGCCAAAAUGGAUACACUGGAGAUCCAUUUAGUGGAUGCUCACUCAUACAACAAAUUCCAACUGAAGGGCCAAAGAUGCCAUGCAACCCAUCACCAUGUGGAGCAAAUGCAAUAUGUAAAGAACGAAAUGGUGCUGGCUCUUGUUCUUGUUUACCGGAAUAUUUCGGAGAUCCAUACACUGGAUGUAGGCCUGAAUGUGUGACAAAUUCUGAUUGUGAUCGUAGUAAAUCAUGUAUGAAUAAUAAAUGUCGCGACCCAUGUCCAGGAGUUUGUGGUUUAAAUGCAGAAUGCAGGGUUAUUAACCACUCUCCGUCUUGUUAUUGCCCAGUUGGUUAUACUGGAGAUCCAACAUUAUCUUGCUACAUUCAACCAUUACUUGACCCAGAACCACCUUCAAAUCCAUGUGUUCCUUCACCGUGUGGUCCUUACAGUCAAUGUAGACCUGUCAAUAAUCAUGCUGUAUGUUCAUGUCAAACAGAUUACAUAGGAACACCGCCAGCUUGUCGGCCUGAGUGUAUGGUUAGCUCAGAAUGUCCCCAGGACAAAGCAUGUGUUAGAAAGAAAUGUAUAGACCCAUGCCCUGGUACAUGUGGAUCAAAUGGAAGAUGUCAAGUAGUCAAUCAUAGUCCAAUUUGCAGUUGUCCCCCCGGUUAUAAUGGGGAUCCAUUUGUACGGUGUUUCAAAGAACAACCUCCACCAGCUGAUGUACCAACCAAUCCAUGUGUGCCAUCACCAUGUGGACCAAAUUCAGUAUGUCGUGAAAUAGGUAACACCCCAGCAUGUUCUUGUUUGGACAGUUACAUUGGACGACCACCUAAUUGCCGACCAGAAUGUACCAUUAAUGCCGAAUGUCCAGGAAAUUUAGCAUGUUCAAAAGAAAGAUGUAAAGACCCAUGUCCUGGUUCAUGUGGAAUAUACGCCUCAUGUAUAACAAUAAACCAUAGUCCACAAUGUAAUUGUGAACCAGGUUAUACUGGAGAUCCAUUUGCUGGAUGUUCUCUAAUACCACAAGUUGUUCCAACUGAAGGACCAAAAAUGCCCUGUAAUCCAUCACCAUGCGGAGCAAACGCUAUUUGUAAAGAACGUAAUGGAGCAGGAUCUUGUAUGUGUUUACCAGAAUAUUUUGGUGAUCCUUACACAGGAUGUAGACCAGAAUGUGUGACUAACUCAGAUUGUGAUAGAAGUAAAGCAUGUGUAAAUAAUAAAUGCCGUGAUCCUUGUCCUGGUACUUGUGGUCUCAACGCAGAAUGUAGUGUCAUAAAUCACGCACCGUCAUGUACCUGUUUCCCAGGUUAUACUGGCAAUCCAAUCACUGCAUGUCAUAUGCCACCACCAAUGGAUGAAAUACCUAAAAAUCCAUGUGAACCAUCACCAUGUGGACCUUAUAGCAUAUGUAGAACUGUGAAUGACCAUGCAGUGUGUUCUUGUCAAACUAACUAUGUUGGUACACCUCCAGGAUGUCGUCCAGAGUGUGUAGUUAGUUCAGAAUGUCCUCAAAACAGAGCUUGUAUUAAUCAAAAAUGUUCAGACCCUUGUAUUGGAAUAUGUGGUAUUGGGGCCAGAUGUCAAGUUAUAAACCAUAAUCCAAUUUGCAGUUGUCCAAAUGGUUUCAUUGGCGAUCCUUUUGUUCAAUGCAAAUCUGAACCACGACCAACUCAACCACCACCUAGUGGAAAUCCUUGUGUCCCAUCACCAUGUGGUCUGAAUUCAAUAUGUCGUGAAGUGGGAUCAACACCAGCAUGCUCUUGUCUGCCAAACUUUAUAGGAAGACCACCAAACUGUCGCCCCGAAUGUUCAAUUAAUGCAGAAUGUCCAGGAAAUCUUGCAUGCUUAAACGAACGUUGCAAAGACCCUUGUCCUGGUUCUUGCGGAGUGCACGCAACUUGUGUAACACGUAACCAUAGACCACAGUGUACUUGUGAAACUGGAUAUACAGGGGAUCCAUUUGCGGGAUGUUCUUUAGUUCAACAAAUUCCUCCCACUGAAGGACCAAGAGAUCCAUGUAAUCCAUCACCGUGUGGAGCUAAUGCAAUUUGUCGAGAAAAGAACGGUGCCGGUUCUUGUGUUUGUCUCCCUGAAUAUUUUGGUGAUCCAUACACAGGAUGUAGACCAGAAUGUGUUACAAAUGCUGAUUGUGAUCGCACAAAAGCAUGUGCAAAUAAUAAAUGUAAAGAUCCAUGCCCUGGAACAUGUGGCCUCAAUGCAGAAUGUAAAGUUCUAAACCAUGCACCUUCAUGUAGUUGUAUACCAGGAUAUACUGGUGAUCCAUUGAGCAUAUGCAAUGUUAUACCAAUAACUGAAGCUACGCCAAUAGAUCCUUGUGUUCCAUCUCCGUGUGGACCUAACAGUCAAUGCAGAGAAUUAAACGACCAUGCCGUUUGUUCUUGUUUAAGUUCUUAUAUCGGUACACCCCCAUCUUGUCGCCCUGAAUGCGUUGUCAGUUCAGAGUGUAGUCAAAACAAAGCUUGUGUAAAUCAAAAAUGUAGUGACCCCUGCAUUGGCACUUGUGGCCUGAAUACAAGGUGUCAAGUAGUAAAUCACAAUCCUAUUUGUAGCUGUUCCCCCGGAUAUACGGGCGAUCCUUUUGCUUCUUGCAAUAAAAUACAACCCACAACCACUCCUUCACCACCUACAGCCCCUUGCUCUCCAUCACCUUGCGGACCCCACUCUCAAUGUAGAGUGGUGAGCAAUACAGCUGCUUGCUCUUGUUUGCAAAACUACAUUGGUCGGCCACCCAACUGUAGGCCUGAGUGUGUUAUUAGCGCGGAAUGUUCAAGUAACUUGGCAUGUAUCAAUGAAAAAUGCUCUGAUCCAUGCCCAGGAUCAUGUGGACAAUAUGCUCAUUGUAGAGUGAUCAAUCACCACCCUGUUUGUACUUGUUUACCAGGGUACACUGGCGAUGCACUUACAUAUUGCCAAUUGUUACCUACCUCUACUGAAAGAUCGCCGGAAGCUGUUGAUCCUUGUUAUCCGUCCCCGUGUGGCCCGAAUUCAGAUUGUGUCAACCGAAAUGGAGUAGCUGCUUGUACAUGCUCUACAGGAUUUUUCGGUGAUCCUUAUACAGGAUGUCGAAGAGAAUGUGAAAAUAAUGACGAUUGCAAUUUAUCUUUGGCUUGCAUUGGCUAUAAAUGUAUAGAUCCUUGUCCAGGAACUUGUGGUUCUGAGGCAAUAUGUACAGUUGUAAAACACAUACCUAUUUGCUCUUGUCCACCAUCGUUUACUGGUGAUCCAUUUACCUCUUGUCGUCCAAUACCAGUUAUCCCAACACAAAGAGAACCUAUUGACCCAUGCCAUCCAUCACCAUGUGGACCUAAUAGUCAAUGUCGUAAAAUUAACGAUCAAGCUGUCUGCUCUUGUUUGCCAAAUUAUAUGGGCAGCCCACCCGAAUGUAGACCUGAAUGUGUUGUCAGUUCAGAAUGUCCCUUAGAUAAAGCUUGUACAAACCAAAAGUGUUUGGAUCCUUGUCCAAAUACUUGCGGUAUUCAAGCUUUAUGUACCGUGAGAAAUCAUAACCCAAUUUGUGCAUGUCCUGCCGGAUAUUCUGGAGAUCCGUUCUUGCAAUGUGCAUUAAUACCUACUACUCCAACACCUCCAGUAACUGAACGUCCAGCAUCGUGUUAUCCAACACCGUGUGGACCUAACUCACAAUGUCAAAUACAAAAUGGAAUACCAGUAUGCUCAUGUUUACCAGACUUCAUAGGUUCACCACCUUCAUGUAGACCUGAAUGUGUAAUAAGUGCUGAAUGCCCAAGUCAAUUGGCUUGUAUGAACCAAAAAUGUCGAGAUCCAUGUGUGGGUUCAUGUGGUCUAAAUGCGAAUUGCCAUGUACUAAAUCAUGUUCCUAUUUGUACAUGUAAUAACGGUCUAACUGGAGAUCCAUUUGCCUUAUGUACACAAAUACAAAUAACUACUGAGAGACCAUUAGCGUCUGAUCCUUGUAACCCAUCACCUUGUGGACCAAAUGCGGUCUGCAGAGGAAAUGGAAAUUGUGAGUGCUUGCCAGAAUAUACAGGAAACCCCUAUGAAAAUUGUCGUCCAGAAUGUGUGUUAAAUACAGAAUGCUCUAGAGACAAGGCAUGUAUGAGAAAUAAAUGUCGCGAUCCAUGUAUUGGAACUUGCGGACAAGGUGCAAAUUGUGAUGUUGUAAAUCACAUUCCGAUUUGUUCAUGUCCAACCAAAUAUUCAGGAGAUCCGUUCACAAUUUGUCGACCAGUUCCAGAGGAUGUCCCAGUAUCAAGUGACCCAUGUGUUCCAUCACCUUGUGGUCCUUAUAGCCAAUGUCGAAACUCAGAUAAUCAUGCAGUAUGUUCUUGUCUACCAAAUUAUAUUGGUGCACCACCGUCAUGUCGUCCAGAAUGUACUGUCAGCUCUGAAUGUAAUCCAGAUAAAGCAUGUGUAAACAUGAAAUGUAUCAACCCGUGUGUAGGAGCUUGUGGUUCUGGAGCUAGAUGUGAAGUAAUUAAUCAUAGUCCAAUCUGCAGUUGUAGAGAAGGACAAACUGGAGAUCCAUUCAGAAGCUGUUACACAAUACCAAAACCAAUACUUCCACCUCAAUAUGAUCCACCGAAACUCCCAUGUGUCCCUUCACCGUGUGGUCCAAAUUCUCAAUGUAUAGCUUCUGGAAAUAACCCAUCAUGUUCAUGUUUACCAUCUUACAUUGGUGCACCACCAAAUUGUCGCCCAGAAUGUAUAAUAAAUCCAGAUUGUCCAUCAACUCUUGCUUGUAUCAAUAACAAGUGUAGAGAUCCGUGUCCAGGAUCCUGUGGAAGUGAUGCUCAAUGCCAAGUCGUUAAUCAUGCAGUUUCCUGUUUAUGUCCUACUGGAUAUACAGGAAAUCCAUUUGUUCAAUGUAUUUACCAACAAGAAAAUUUAAAUCCAUGUGAACCAUCUCCAUGUGGAGCAAAUGCAAUUUGUAAACAACAUGAUGGUGCCGGAUCUUGUUCUUGUAUCAAUGAUUAUUAUGGAAAUCCAUAUGAAGGUUGCCGACCUGAAUGUGUUCACAGUUCAGACUGUCCUACAAAUAAAGCCUGUAUUGGAAAUAAAUGUGUUGAUCCUUGUCCUGGAGUAUGUGGAGUAGGUGCUGUUUGUACAGUAAUUAGCCAUGUUCCAACUUGUAACUGUAUAUCUGGUUAUGUGGGAAAUCCAUUCACGUACUGCCAACCUCAACCUCCAACAACUCAAGCCACUGUAUAUGACCCUUGUAAUCCAUCACCAUGUGGCCCUAAUAGCCAAUGUAAAAAUGUAAACCAACAAGGAGUAUGUUCUUGUCAAAAAGAAUACCAAGGAACACCACCAAAUUGUAGACCUGAGUGUGUCGUAAACAAUGAAUGUCCAUCAAAUAGAGCUUGUCAUAAAUUCAAAUGCACAGACCCUUGUCCUGGAACAUGUGGACUAAAUGCACGUUGUGAAGUUAUUAAUCAUAGUCCAAUUUGCACUUGUUCACCAGGAUUAAUAGGUGAUCCUUUCACAAGAUGUUAUCCACAACCAGUGAAACCAUUAGAUGAACCAGUGAUACCAACAAAUCCUUGUAUCCCCUCGCCAUGUGGACCAAAUUCUGAAUGUAGACCAGUUGGAAAUCAACCAUCAUGUUCGUGUCGAAAAAAUUAUGUCGGUUCUCCGCCAAAUUGUCGACCUGAAUGUUCCGUUAACUCUGACUGUCCUUCUACAUUAUCUUGUAUAUCAGAUAAGUGUAGAGAUCCAUGUUAUGGCUCUUGUGGCUUAAAUACAGACUGUAGAGUUCAAAAUCAUAUACCAACUUGUACAUGUAUCGCUGGACACAAUGGUGAUCCAUUUACACAAUGUGUUCCAAUAAUAGUGCAACCAACAUUAGCUACACCAAUCGAUCCAUGUAAUCCAUCACCUUGUGGUUCUAAUACACAAUGUUACAAUGGAGUCUGUCAAUGUUUGGCUAACUAUUUUGGAGACCCAUUAAUAGGUUGUCGACCUGAAUGUACAAUGAACACGGAUUGUCCUAGAAAUAAAGCAUGUUUAAACCAAAAAUGUCAAGAUCCAUGUCCAGGCACUUGUGGUCAAGGAGCAAUAUGUGAUGUCAUUAACCAUAUUCCAACAUGUAGUUGUCCCGUUGGUACAGCUGGCGAUGCAUUUGUUAUCUGUAGACCCAUUAAAGUCCAAGAUGAACCAUCUAGAGACCCAUGUAAUCCUUCACCAUGUGGACCAAACAGUGUUUGUCGUGUAGUUGAAGGGCAUGCUGUUUGUUCAUGUCAAAAUACUAUGAUCGGUUCGCCGCCUUCUUGUCGACCAGAAUGUGUUGUUAGUGCAGAGUGUCCUUUAACUCAAGCAUGUCUCAUGAGCAAAUGCCGUGAUCCUUGCCCCGGAACUUGUGGCCAUCUUGCUAAUUGUAAAGUUGUAAACCAUAGUCCUAUUUGUACUUGUCCGCCACGGCAUAGUGGAGAUCCAUUUAGAAGCUGUUAUCCUGUUCAAGAAGUAAGACCAACACCAUCGGCUGAUCCAAUUAAUGUUUGUAGUCCAUCACCGUGUGGUCCUAAUUCAGAGUGUAGAGAUCGUGGAGGAGUACCAUCGUGUUCAUGUCUAUCGAAUUAUGUAGGAACGCCGCCAUCCUGCAGACCGGAAUGUACAAUUAAUCCAGAAUGUCCUAGUCAUUUAUCAUGUAUAAAUCAAAAAUGUACAGAUCCUUGUCCUGGUUCAUGUGGCUCAAAUGCUGCAUGUUCUGUUAUUAAUCAUACUCCCAUGUGUUCCUGCAAUAAUGGAUUUACUGGAGAUCCAUUUACAUAUUGUCAAUCAGUCCCGGUGUUACCAGUUUACCAAGAACCACUAAACCCAUGCAUUCCUUCCCCUUGUGGAAUGAACGCUAUAUGCAAAGAGUAUAAUGGUGCUGGUUCAUGUAGUUGUUUACCGGAAUAUAAUGGAAAUCCAUAUGAAGGCUGUAGGCCAGAAUGUGUCAUAAACUCUGAUUGUACACCUCAAAAAGCUUGUGUGAAAAAUAAAUGCCAAAAUCCAUGUGCUGGAACUUGUGGUCAGAAUGCAGAAUGCUAUGUGACUAAUCAUUUGCCAUCAUGUACUUGUAUACCAGGUUUUACUGGAGAUCCAUACAAAUACUGCAUUCCAGUUCCACCACCUCAACAAAUUCAAGCGGAUCCAAUUAAUCCCUGUGUUCCGUCACCAUGUGGACCAAACAGCCAGUGUAGGGAAAUAAAUAACCAAGCUGUGUGUUCAUGUCUACAAUCAUAUGUGGGCAAUCCUCCAAAUUGCAGACCGGAGUGUGUAGUCAACUCGGAAUGUGGUAAACUUAAAGCAUGCCGAAAUUUAAAAUGCGUAGAUCCUUGUAUAAAUGCUUGUGGAUCUAAUUCAAAGUGUAAAGUGAUAAAUCACAGCCCUAUAUGUACAUGUAAAGAAGGAUUUACUGGUGAUCCAUUUUCAAGCUGUUAUGCUAUACAAUAUUUACCAUCGUUACCAGUACAAAAUGAACCAAUAAAUCCAUGUGUUCCAUCGCCGUGUGGCCUUUACUCGUAUUGUAGAGAUUCCAAUGGAUAUCCUUCUUGUUCUUGUCAAGAAAAUUAUAUCGGUUCUCCACCAAAUUGUAGACCUGAAUGUACGAUAAACGAAGAAUGUCCUAAAGAUAAGGCUUGUAUGAAGCAAAAAUGCCAAGACCCCUGUCCUGGUUCGUGCGGUGUCAAUGCCAAUUGUAAUGUUUAUAACCAUAACCCGAUAUGCUCCUGUAUUGAAGGUUACACAGGAGAUCCGUUUACCAGUUGCUAUAUAAAACCAACAUCUCCUCCAAAGCCACAAUAUGACGAUCCGUGUAACCCGUCACCAUGUGGAUCAAAUGCCAUAUGUAAUAAUGGUGUUUGUUCUUGUUUGAGUGAAUAUCAAGGCGAUCCAUACUCUGGCUGUCGUCCAGAAUGUAUUUUAAAUACUGAUUGUCCAAUUAUUAAAGCGUGUAUUAAUAAUAAAUGUAAAGACCCAUGCCAAGGAACAUGUGGAAUAAAUGCAAUAUGUAACGUUUACAAUCAUAUUCCUAUGUGUACGUGUCCCCAAGGCACAAAUGGAAAUGCAUUUAUUCAAUGCACAGCAAUCCAAGCAUCUAUCGAAGUUAUUAACCCAUGUGCUCCAUCCCCAUGUGGACCAAAUAGCCAAUGUAAACAAGUAAAUGGUGUAGCAGUGUGUUCAUGCAUAUCUGGAUACUUGGGUGCACCACCUUUAUGUAGACCUGAAUGCACAAUAAAUUCAGACUGUGGUCUGAAUGAAGCUUGUUCAAAUCAAAAGUGUCGAAAUCCAUGUCCUAGUAUUUGUGGAAUUGGAGCAAAAUGUCAAGUGAUAAAUCAUAAUCCAAUUUGUAGCUGUCCACCGGGAUUGAUUGGUGAUCCAUUUACAAGAUGUUAUAAUAAACCUGCUGAUUUACCACAAUAUGUUGGCAACCCUUGCAUUCCAUCUCCUUGUGGACCCAAUUCUCAAUGUAAGGUUCAAGGCGAAUCACCAUCAUGUUCUUGUCUGCCUAACUUUAUUGGAUCACCUCCAAAUUGCAAACCAGAAUGUAUCACCAAUAGCGAGUGUUCAUAUAAUUUAGCAUGCGCUAAUAUGAAAUGUAAAGAUCCAUGUCCAGGUUCGUGCGCAUCAAAUGCUGAAUGCCAUGUUGUAAGCCAUUCCCCAAUAUGCAAAUGUCCAAUUGGGUACACAGGAGAUCCGUUCACGCAAUGCAUUAUGCAACAAGCCGACCCAAUACCACAAGAAUAUUUAAAUCCAUGUGUACCAUCUCCAUGUGGAACAAAUGCAAUUUGUAAAGAACAAAAUGGAGCUGGUUCAUGUACAUGCUUGCCUGAAUAUUAUGGAAAUCCAUACGAAGGAUGCAGACCUGAAUGCGUUUUAAAUACAGAUUGUGCAUCAAACAAAGCAUGCUCUAAUUAUAAAUGUAAAAAUCCAUGUCCUGGAACAUGUGGUCAAAAUGCAGAAUGUCAAGUAGUUAAUCAUUUGCCCAUGUGUUCUUGCUAUCAAGGAUAUACUGGUGAUCCAUUUAGAUUCUGUCAUCAAAUACCUCUUCCACAACAAACUGAAAUCGAACCAAUCAAUCCAUGUUCACCUUCUCCGUGUGGACCAAAUAGUCAAUGUCGAGAAAUCAACCAUCAAGCUGUUUGUUCAUGCCUUCCGACGUAUAUAGGAAGCCCACCUGGAUGUAGACCAGAAUGUGUAACUAAUUCAGAGUGUGCUUUGAACAUGGCAUGCAUAAAGCAGAAGUGUUCAAAUCCUUGUCCUGAACCAUGUGGACAAAAUUCAAAUUGCAAAGUCAUCAAUCACAGUCCUGUUUGCUCAUGUAUUAACGGUUUUACUGGAGACCCAUUUAUUCGUUGUUAUCAAAUACCUCCACCUCCACCACAAUUUGAUCCAGUUUAUGUCAACCCUUGCAUUCCAUCACCUUGUGGUCCAUAUUCUCAAUGCAGAGAACAGAAUGGAUAUCCUUCUUGUUCCUGUUUGGCUGAAUAUAUCGGAAGUCCUCCAAACUGUCGUUUUGAAUGUACAAUUAAUGCAGAAUGCCCCAGGGAUAAAGCAUGUAUGAAACAAAAAUGUCAAGAUCCGUGUCCUGGAUCAUGUGGUAUAAACGCGUUAUGCAAUGUAGUGAACCAUAUGCCAAUUUGUUUGUGUCCUGAUAACUAUGAAGGCAAUCCUUUCGAAAGCUGCAGGCCAAAACCUAUGGAUGUUCCAGAACCGGUAUAUUCAGACCCAUGUAAUCCAUCGCCAUGUGGUCCUAAUGCCGAUUGCUACAAUGGCAUUUGUAAGUGUAAACCCGAAUUCCAAGGUGAUCCUUACUCUGGAUGCAGACCUGAGUGUGUACUAAAUAACGAUUGUCCCAGAAACAAAGCAUGCAUUAAAAAUAAAUGCAAAGACCCAUGUCCUGGAACAUGUGGAACAAAUGCUAUCUGUGAAGUUUAUAACCAUAUACCAAUGUGUAGAUGUCCUGAUGGAAUGUAUGGAAAUGCUUUUAUCAAUUGUUUGAUACAACAAGAUGUGAUCCCAGUGACAAAUGUAAAUCCAUGCUAUCCAUCUCCGUGUGGACCUAACAGUCAAUGUAGAGAAAUUAACGGACAAGCAGUAUGUUCAUGUAUAAUUGGCUAUUUAGGAGUACCACCAUCAUGUAGACCAGAAUGUACAAUCAAUUCUGAUUGUAACUUAAAUGAAGCAUGUUCAAACCAAAAAUGUCAAGAUCCAUGUCGUGGUGUUUGUGGAAUUGGAGCAAUUUGCCGUGUUUAUAACCAUAAACCUAUCUGUAGUUGUCCUCCAGGACAAACAGGAAAUCCGUUUUCUAAUUGCCACCCAAUACCGGCUCAAGAUCCAAUACCUGUAGAACAUCCUUGUGUACCAUCUCCAUGUGGGCCCAAUUCACAAUGCCAAGUAAAAGGACAGUCACCUUCAUGUUCUUGCUUACCUGACUUUAUUGGUUCACCACCAAACUGCAAACCCGAGUGUAUUAGUAAUGGAGAAUGUCCAUAUCAUUUAGCAUGUAAAAAUAUGAAAUGUAAAGAUCCUUGUCCUGGUACCUGUGGACAAAACGCACAAUGUAAUGUCGUAAGUCAUUCUCCUCAAUGUUAUUGCUACCCAGGAUAUGUUGGAGAUCCUUUCACUCAAUGCACAAUACAACAAGCUGAACCAAUAGAAGAAACUUUGAACCCUUGUAUACCAUCACCUUGCGGAGCAAAUGCUAUUUGUAAGGAACAAAAUGGUGCUGGGUCUUGUAGUUGCUUACAGGAAUAUUUUGGAAAUCCUUAUGAACUCUGUAGACCUGAAUGCACAGUAAACACUGAUUGCCCAUCAAAUAAAGCUUGUAUGGGAAAUAAGUGCCUAGAUCCAUGUCCAGGUACAUGUGCACAAUCCGCGAUUUGUCAUGUUUACAACCAUUCACCGACAUGCUCAUGUAAUUAUGGAUACACAGGAGAUCCGUAUAAAUAUUGUAGUCUAAUUCCAUCUCCACCAAUUCAAAACGAACCAAUAAACCCGUGUUCACCUUCUCCGUGUGGACCACACAGCCAAUGUCGAGAAGUCAACUUCCAAGCCGUAUGUUCAUGUUUAUCAAACUAUAUUGGAAGUCCACCAAAUUGUCGCCCUGAGUGCCUCAUAAGUCAGGAUUGUUCACAAAAUCUUGCAUGCAUAAAUCAACAUUGUAAUGAUCCUUGUAUUGGACAAUGUGGUCAAAAUGCACAAUGUAAAACAAUCAAACAUCGUCCAAUUUGUACAUGUAGCCCUGGGUAUACUGGAGACCCGUUCUCCAGGUGUUAUCUGGUUCCUCCAUUACCUCCACCUCCACAAGAUGAACCAAUACCAAUAAAUCCUUGUGUGCCGUCACCAUGUGGACCAUAUUCUGAAUGUAGAAACUAUGGAAAUUAUCCUUCUUGUAGUUGUCAACCACAAUACACUGGAAGUCCACCAAACUGUAGGCCAGAGUGCACAAUUAAUGCAGAAUGUCCGAGCAAUAAUGCAUGUAUGAAAGAGAAAUGUCGAGAUCCGUGUCCUGGUUCAUGUGGAAUAGGAGCAGUUUGUAACGUGUUAAACCAUGUUCCUAUUUGCCAAUGCCCCGAUGGAUUCACUGGUGAUCCGUUUGUGAGCUGCUACCCGAAACCCCAAGCUCCUAUUGCUGACGUAGAAACAGACCCAUGUAAUCCAUCUCCAUGUGGUACAAACGCAAUAUGUAAUAAUGGACUUUGUACAUGUCUUCCUGAAUACCAAGGAGAUCCAUACAUUGGGUGCAGACCAGAAUGUAUUCUCAACGAUGAAUGCGCAAGGGAUAAAGCUUGUAUUCGAAAUAAAUGUGUAAAUCCGUGUCCAGGGACGUGUGGCUACAAUGCCAUUUGUGAAGUAUAUAAUCAUAUACCCAUGUGUAGAUGUCCAGAAGGAUUAGGAGGUGAUGCUUUUACUCAAUGUCAGCCAAUAUUACAAGAUCCAAUUAUUAAUCAGCCAUGUAAUCCAUCACCUUGUGGACCAAAUAGUCAAUGUAGAGAAAUGAACAAUCAAGCUGUAUGUUCAUGUAUCGUGGGAUAUGUAGGCAGCCCACCAUCAUGUAGACCAGAAUGCACAAUUAAUGCAGAUUGCUAUUUGACCGAAGCUUGUUCAAACCAAAAGUGUAUAAAUCCAUGUAUAGGAACAUGUGGCGUUGGAGCUAAAUGCCAGGUUAUAAAUCAUAAACCGAUAUGCAGCUGUCCGCCAAGCAUGACUGGUGAUCCGUUUAUACGCUGCCAUACCAUAUUGGCACUUCCUGAGCCUGUAGGUAACCCAUGUGUACCUUCUCCUUGUGGACCUAAUUCACAAUGCCAAGUAAAAGGAGAUACACCAUCAUGUUCAUGUUUACCCGAAUUCAUAGGAUCGCCACCAAAUUGUAAACCAGAAUGUAUUAGCAAUAGCGAAUGCUCCUAUAACAAAGCGUGUGUCUAUAUGAAAUGUAAAGAUCCAUGUCCAGGAUCUUGUGGUCAAAAUGCUAUAUGUCAAGUAGUUAGCCACGUGCCUAGAUGUACAUGUUUAUCUGGUUAUGUCGGGGAUCCAUUUAUACAAUGUUAUAUUCAACAAGCUGAUCCAGUACCAAUCGAAUAUUUAUCACCAUGUGAACCUUCUCCGUGUGGUGCUAAUGCUGUUUGUAAAGAGCAAAACGGUGCUGGUUCGUGUAGUUGUCUCCCUGGAUUUGAAGGAAAUCCAUAUGAUGGAUGCAGAUAUGAAUGCGCCCUUAAUACUGACUGUGCAUCUAAUAAAGCAUGUAUUAGAAAUAAAUGCCAAAAUCCUUGUCCUGGAUCUUGUGGACCGAAUGCCGAGUGUUUGGUUAUAAAUCAUCUUCCUAUGUGCACAUGUUACAAUGGUUAUACAGGAGAUCCUUUCAAAUAUUGUAAUUUGAUUCCUCCUCAAAUUGUGCAAUCUGAGCCUUAUACUCCUUGUUAUCCAUCACCAUGUGGACCAAAUAGUCAAUGUAAAGAAAUAAAUGGUCAAGCAGUUUGUUCGUGUCUUCCUUCAUACCACGGAAGUCCUCCUGGUUGUAGGCCAGAAUGUGUAUUGAGUUCUGAAUGUAGUGAUAUUCAUGCAUGUGUUAAUCAAAAAUGUGUCAAUCCAUGCCCUGGCCCGUGUGGUUUGAAUGCUAUUUGUAAAGUUAUAAAACAUAAUGCAAUAUGCUCUUGUCAACCCGGGUAUCAAGGCGAUCCGUUCUCCCGUUGUAAUUUAAUACCACCACCUCCACCACAACAAGAUGAAGUUAUUUACACUAACCCAUGUAUUCCAUCACCAUGUGGUCUGUAUUCAGAAUGUAGAGAUAUUGGUGGAGCGCCAUCAUGUUCAUGUUUAUCACAGUAUUUCGGUAGUCCACCAAAUUGUAGACCAGAAUGUGUGUUAAACAAUGAUUGUCGAAGCAAUUUAGCAUGUAUUCGAGAGAAAUGUCAAGACCCAUGUCCGGGAUCUUGUGGUAUUGAUGCAUACUGUAAUGUGAUAAAUCACACUCCAAAUUGUGUAUGCCGUGAAGGUUAUACUGGAGAUCCAUUCACAUCAUGUUAUAUAAAACCAAUUCAAGACAUUCCAGAACCUAUCGAAAAAGACCCAUGUAAUCCAUCUCCAUGUGGUGCAAAUGCAAUAUGUAAUAAUGGCCAAUGUUUGUGUAUCAAUGAAUAUUAUGGUGAUCCAUACUCAGGCUGCAGACCAGAAUGUGUAAUUAACAAUGACUGUCCCCGAGACAAGGCUUGUGUUCGUAAUAAAUGUGUGAAUCCAUGUAAAGACACCUGUGGUGAAAAUGCUAUAUGUGAUGUUUAUAACCAUAUACCAAUGUGCCGCUGUCCUGAAGGAACGGAAGGAAAUGCAUUUAUUAGAUGUUCUGCAUUACAACAAGCACCAAUCGAUAUUCAUCCUUGUUAUCCAUCUCCAUGUGGACCUAACAGUCACUGUAAAGAAAUAAAUAAUCAAGCAGUAUGCUCUUGUAUCAUUGGAUAUUUGGGAGUUCCUCCAUCUUGUCGACCUGAAUGUACUGUAAACUCAGAUUGUAAUAGUAAUAAAGCAUGUUCAAAUCAAAAAUGCAUAGACCCGUGUAUUGGAGUUUGUGGUGUGAACUCGAAAUGUCAAGUUAUCAAUCACAGCCCCAUUUGUAGCUGCAUACCCAGUUUUACAGGAAAUCCAUUUGUUCGAUGUUAUCCAAAACCUGCUGAUAUUCCACAACCUGUUGGAAAUCCAUGUAUUCCAUCGCCUUGUGGACCAAAUUCACAAUGUAAAGUGCAAGGUGAAUCGCCAUCAUGCUCUUGUUUACCUGAAUUUAUUGGGUCACCUCCAAAUUGUAAACCUGAAUGUAUAAGUAAUAGUGAAUGUCCAAUUCACUUAUCUUGCAUAAACAUGAAAUGUAAAAACCCUUGCAUUGGAGCCUGUGCUCCAACAGCUGAAUGUAGAGUAGUAAGUCAUUCUCCUCAAUGUUACUGUAACCCAGGAUAUAUUGGUAACCCGUAUACAGAAUGUACAAUACUUCAAGCUGAUCCUGUACCACAAGAGUAUAUAAAUCCUUGUGAGCCAUCUCCGUGUGGCACAAAUGCCAUUUGUAAAGAACAAAACGGAGCCGGUUCUUGUAUGUGUCUACCUGAAUACUUUGGAAAUCCGUACGAUGGUUGCAAGCCUGAAUGUGUUGUAAAUUCUGAAUGUCAGUCUAAUAAAGCAUGUAUAAAUAAUAAAUGUAAAGACCCGUGCCCUGGAACAUGUGCUCAAAAUGCCGAGUGUCAAGUUAUUAAUCAUUCACCAACAUGUACAUGUUACAAUGGAUAUACCGGAGACCCAUUCCGAUACUGUCAUAUCAUACCACCACAACAAACCGAAGUACAGCCUGUUUAUCCAUGUACACCAUCUCCAUGUGGACCAAACAGCCAAUGUCGAGAAAUAAAUCAGCAAGCUGUAUGUUCAUGUUUACCAAAUUAUGUAGGAAGUCCUCCCGGAUGUCGCCCAGAAUGUGUUUUGAACGCAGAAUGUUCAUCAAAUCUCGCAUGUAUUAAUCAAAAAUGUAAAAACCCAUGUGAAGAUCGUUGUGCACAAAAUGCUAACUGCAGAGUAUUCAACCAUAGUCCAGUGUGUUCAUGUACUCCUGGUUAUACUGGAGAUCCAUUUUCACAUUGUUAUGCUAUACCUCCACCACUACCGCCACCACAAAAUGAACCUGUUUAUACCAACCCAUGUAUACCAUCACCGUGUGGAGCCUAUGCUAUAUGUAAAGACAUUGGAGGAACCCCAUCAUGUUCGUGCUUGGCUCAAUAUAUUGGAUCCCCACCAAACUGUAGACCAGAAUGCAUUAUGCAUUCAGAAUGUCCUAGUAAUGAAGCUUGUAUUAGGGAAAAAUGCCAAGAUCCAUGUCCAGGAUCAUGCGGCUGGGGUGCUCAGUGUAAUGUAAUUAAUCACACACCUAUGUGUAUUUGUCCAGAUGGUUAUGAAGGUGAUCCGUUUACAAAAUGUGAUAUAAAACCAGUUAUUCAAGUUCCAGUUUACUCAGAUCCUUGUAAUCCGUCGCCUUGUGGUCCAAAUGCUCAAUGUAAUAAUGGCGUAUGCACAUGCUUACAUGACUACCAGGGAGAUCCGUACACUGGAUGUAGACCUGAAUGUGUACUAAAUGAUGAUUGUCCAAGAAACAAAGCAUGUAUUAAAAAUAAAUGUAUGGAUCCUUGUCCUGGAACUUGUGGGCAAAAUGCUAUUUGUGAUGUUUACAAUCAUAUACCUAUGUGUCGUUGUCCAGAAGGAAUGCAAGGCAAUGCUUUUGUUUUUUGCAGUCCACAGCAAAAUGAACCUGAAAUAUUUGAGCCAUGUAAGCCAUCUCCUUGUGGACCAUAUAGUCAAUGUAGGGAAGUAAAUAAUCAAGCGGUUUGCUCUUGUGUAAUGGGUUAUACUGGAGUACCACCAUUAUGCCGUCCUGAAUGUAUAACAAGUUCAGACUGUAGACAAAAUCAAGCGUGUUCCAAUCAAAAAUGUAUAGACCCAUGUCCAGGAACUUGCGGUAUAAAUGCUAAAUGCCAAGUUAUAAGCCACAAUCCAAUAUGUAGCUGUCCAACAGGAUAUACUGGAAAUGCAUUUAUGAAUUGCUACCAAAUUCCUGCUGACGUACCAUUAAUAGUGGGCAAUCCGUGUGUCCCAUCACCAUGUGGACCUAAUUCGCAGUGUCAAGUAAAAGGAGACAAUCCGUCUUGUUCCUGUUUGCCCGAAUUUAUCGGAUCUCCUCCAAAUUGCAAACCAGAAUGUAUCACUAAUAGUGAAUGUUCCUACAAUAAAGCAUGUAUAAAUAUGAAAUGUAAGGAUCCUUGUCCAGGAACAUGUGCAGUUAAUGCUAUAUGUCAAGUUAUAAGUCAUGCUCCAACUUGUCAUUGCCAACAAGGUUAUACCGGAAAUCCAUUUACAUUCUGUUCAGUUCAACAAGCAGAUCCUAUACCUCAAGAAUACAUUAAUCCAUGCGUACCUUCACCAUGUGGUGUGAAUGCAGUAUGCAAGGAACACAAUGGCGCAGGAUCGUGCACUUGUUUACCAGAAUAUAUAGGAAAUCCAUACGAGAGUUGUAGACCAGAAUGUACAGUUAAUUCUGAUUGCGUUUCCAACAAAGCAUGUAUGAUGAAUAAGUGUAGAGAUCCGUGUCCAGGUACAUGCGGUCAAAAUGCAGAAUGCCAUGUCGUAAAUCAUUUGCCAGUCUGUACUUGUUUGAAUGGUUACAACGGUGAUCCAUUCAAAUAUUGUUCAGUUAUUGUACCACCACAAGAUGCUCCAAUAGAACCGAUUAACCCAUGUUAUCCAUCACCUUGUGGACCGAAUAGUCAGUGUAAAUCCAUCAAUAAUCAAGCAAUAUGUUCAUGUUUACCAACAUUCAUUGGAAGUCCCCCUGGAUGUAGACCAGAAUGUGUAAUGAGUUCGGAAUGUAACAGUAAUGAAGCAUGUACAAACCAAAAGUGUUCUGACCCAUGUGUGGCUAUUUGUGGAAACAAUGCUGAUUGUAAAGUCAUAAAUCAUAGUCCAAUUUGUACUUGUCGGCCAAAAUAUACUGGAGAUCCGUUCACUCAUUGUUUCCCAAUACCAAUACCGCCACCUCAAUAUUUGCCUACUGAAUACAUUAAUCCAUGUAUACCAUCACCUUGUGGUCCGUAUUCACAAUGUCAUGAUAACCAAGGAGUUCCUUCAUGCAGUUGUCUUCCUCAAUACAUAGGAAGUCCACCAAAUUGUAGACCGGAAUGUGUUAUUAAUUCAGAAUGCCCAUCUAACAAAGCAUGUAUAAAUGAACAUUGUAGAGAUCCAUGUCCUGGAUCAUGUGGUUAUAAUGCUGAAUGCAAUGUUCUGAAUCAUACUCCAAUGUGUGUGUGUCCAUAUGGCAUGAUCGGUGAUCCUUUCACUAGUUGUUAUACUAAACCACAGGAAUAUAUUCCAGUUGAACACAGUGAUCCGUGUAAUCCGUCACCUUGUGGACCUAACGCGGAGUGUAAUAAUGGUCAAUGUACUUGUUUAUUAGAAUAUCAAGGAGAUCCUUACAUAGGAUGUAGACCUGAGUGUGUUAUAAAUAAUGACUGCCCACAAAACAAAGCUUGUAUAAAUAGAAAAUGUCGUGAUCCCUGUCCAGGAAUAUGCGGUAUAAACGCACUCUGUGAUGUUUAUAAUCAUAUUCCGAUGUGCAGAUGCCCUGAAAAAAUGUCUGGAAAUGCUUUCUUAGAAUGCAAGCCAGUCGAAAUUCAAGCUCAAGUUUAUCCAUGCAAUCCUUCACCUUGUGGACCGAAUAGUCAAUGUAGAGAAGUCAAUAACCAUGCUGUAUGUUCAUGUAUAUCCAAUUACAUUGGAUCACCUCCUCUGUGUAGACCAGAAUGUACUACAAAUUCUGAUUGUAAUCAAAACGAAGCUUGUAGUAAUCAAAAAUGUAAAGAUCCAUGUCCCGGAACAUGUGGAAUAGGAGCUAAAUGCCAAGUUAUUAACCAUAGUCCAAUAUGUAAUUGUCCGUCAGGAUAUACAGGAAAUGCGUUUGUUCACUGCCAUCCAAUACAAGCAGCACCUGUUGAAGAAGUUAAUGAAAAUCCUUGCGUACCAUCACCGUGUGGAUUAAAUGCUCAAUGUCAAGAUAUUGGAGGUCAACCAUCAUGCUCUUGUUUACCUCAAUUUAUUGGGUCUCCUCCAAAUUGUAAGCCAGAAUGUAUAAUCAAUAGCGAAUGUCCAUACCAUUUAGCAUGUAUAAAUAUGAAAUGCCGAGAUCCAUGUCCAGGAUCAUGUGGCUACAAUACAGAAUGCAAAGUUAUAAGUCACGCCCCACAAUGCUACUGUUUACCUGGUUAUAUUGGAAAUCCAAUAAUUCAAUGUAAUAUACAACAAGCUGAUCCAGUUCCUCAAGAAUAUAUCAAUCCUUGCCAACCAUCUCCUUGUGGUUCAAAUGCAGUGUGCAAAGAGCAAAACGGUGCUGGCUCGUGUUCGUGUUUACCAGAAUACUUUGGUGAUCCAUAUAGAGGAUGCAUGCCUGAAUGUGUGGUUAAUUCAGACUGCCCACAAAAUGAAGCUUGUAGGAGAAAUAAAUGUGAAAACCCUUGCCCAGGAUUAUGCGGUCAAAACGCAGAAUGUCAAACAAUUAAUCAUGUACCCAUGUGUACAUGUUCCAAUGGAUAUACUGGAGAUCCGUUCAGAUAUUGUUCAGUUAUUCCACCUCAACAAACUCCAAUUGAACCAACUAAUCCAUGCCAUCCAUCACCUUGUGGACCAAAUAGUCAAUGCAGAGAACUCAAUGGGCAAGCAAUAUGUUCAUGUCUUCCAGAAUAUAUUGGAAGCCCUCCAAGUUGUCGGCCGGAAUGUGUAAUAAGUACUGAAUGUAAUCGUGAUAAGGCUUGUAUAGGGCAGAAAUGUAAAGAUCCGUGCCCCGGAGUAUGUGGUCAAAAUGCCAUUUGUCAAACUAUUAACCAUAGUCCUAUUUGCACAUGUACUUCAGGAUACACUGGAAAUCCAUUUUCUCAAUGCUAUCAACUACCAAAACCUGUUAUACAACAAAUUCCACCAGAACCAUCGAACCCAUGUAUUCCAAAUCCUUGUGGACCAUAUUCAAUCUGUCACGACCAAGGAGGAUAUCCAUCGUGUUCCUGUUUAUCUCAGUAUAUAGGCACUCCACCAAAUUGUAGACCUGAGUGUGUUAUUAGUGCUGAAUGUCCAAGCAAUAAAGCUUGUAUUAAUGAAAAAUGUAAAGAUCCAUGCCCUGGUUCUUGUGGGGUUGGAGCACUUUGUACCGUUAACAACCAUACACCUAAUUGUUACUGCCCAAGUGGAUAUAUUGGAGAUCCAUUCAAUUCAUGUGUGCUAAAACCACCACAAGCCGAUAUACCAAAUGUUGAUCCGUGCUAUCCAUCACCAUGUGGUUCAAACGCGAAUUGUAAUGACGGCAUCUGCACUUGCUUAGCGGAAUAUCAAGGAGAUCCUUAUGUCGGAUGUAGACCUGAGUGUAUAAUAAAUGACGAAUGUCCUAGAAAUAAAGCUUGCAUUAAAUAUAAAUGCAAGGAUCCGUGUCCAGGAACUUGUGGUCAAAACGCAAUUUGUGAUGUUUAUAACCAUAUUCCAAUGUGUAGAUGCCCUGAAGGAAUGUCUGGAAAUGCAUUUAUUGAUUGCAGACCACAGCAAAUUCCUGAGGUACAUGACUAUUGUAAUCCUUCGCCAUGUGGUCCAAAUAGCAUAUGUCAAGAAAUAAAUCAACAAAGUGUAUGCUCUUGUAUAGUUGGAUACAUUGGUUCUCCACCAACAUGCCAUCCAGAAUGCAUAGUUAAUUCUGAUUGCAUAUUGAGUAAAGCUUGUAGUAAUCAAAAAUGUCGAGAUCCGUGCCCUGGAACAUGUGGAAUUAGUGCUAAAUGUCAUGUAGUAAACCAUAAUCCAAUAUGCAGUUGUCCUCCUGGUUUUACAGGAAAUCCAUUUGUACAAUGUAGUCAAAUACCAGUUAUUGAAGAUGAACCUAUUAGAAAUCCAUGUGUUCCUUCGCCAUGUGGUCCAUAUUCGCAAUGCCAAGUUCAAGGAACAUCUCCGUCAUGUUCAUGCUUGCCUGAGUAUAUUGGAUCGCCACCAAAUUGUCGACCUGAAUGUGUUAGUAACAGUGAAUGUUCAUACAAUUUGGCUUGUAUAAAUAUGAAAUGCAAAGAUCCAUGCCCCGGAUUGUGUGGAGAAAAUGCCUUAUGUCGUGUUAUCAGCCACUCUCCAAUGUGUUAUUGUAUACAUGGUUAUACAGGAAAUCCAAUGGUUCAAUGUGUGGUUCAACAAGAAGCAGUUGUGAUAAGAGAUGAUCCACACCCUUGUACUCCAUCACCUUGUGGAGCAAAUGCCCAAUGUAAAGAACAAAACAAUGCUGGCUCUUGUAGCUGUUUGCCUGGGUAUUUCGGAAAUCCAUAUGAAGGUUGUAGACCAGAGUGCAUUGUUAAUACUGAUUGUUCACCAACUAAAGCUUGCAUACAAUAUAAAUGUCAAAAUCCUUGUCCCGGAACGUGUGGUUUAAAUGCAGAAUGUCAAGUGGUUUACCACGUCGCAUCAUGCAUUUGUAAUCCAGGUUACACGGGUAACCCAUACCAAGCCUGUAAUUUCAUGAGACCACAAAUAACUCAAAUGGAACCAAUAUAUUACCCAUGUACUCCAUCACCAUGUGGUCCAAAUAGUCAAUGCAGAGAAUUAAAUAACCAAGCUGUAUGUUCUUGUUUACCAUCCUUUAUCGGAAAUCCGCCUAUGUGUCGUCCUGAAUGUACAACUAGUGCAGAAUGUUCAACAAAUUUAGCAUGUAUAAACAAGAAAUGUGUAGAUCCUUGUCCAGGAGUAUGUGGACAAAGUGCUUAUUGCAAAGCUAUAAAUCACAGUCCAUUGUGCAUAUGCAAUUCAGGGUUCACAGGAGAUCCAUUUUCUAUUUGCUAUCCAAUACAAAAUUCACCAGAACCUCAACCACAGCCACCAAUAAACCCAUGUAUACCAUCACCUUGUGGUGCUUAUUCUCAAUGUCAAAAUUACGGAGGUUCUCCUUCGUGUACAUGUCUUCCAUCGUACAUAGGAUCUCCACCAAAUUGUAAACCAGAAUGCACAAUCAAUGCUGAUUGUCCAAGUAAUAUGGCAUGUAUUAGAGAAAAAUGUAGAGAUCCGUGUCCAGGUUCUUGUGGUUUAAAUGCACAUUGUCAAGUGUUAAACCACAUUCCUAUGUGCACAUGUCCAGAAGGAUAUACUGGAGAUCCGUUUUUGAGCUGUUACAUCAAACCAGAACCACCAAUUCAACAAGCAUCAGAUCCUUGUAAUCCUUCUCCAUGCGGAUCAAAUGCAUUAUGCAAUAAUGGAAUUUGUACAUGUAUUGCCGAAUAUCAAGGUGAUCCCUAUAGCAUAUGCAGACCAGAAUGUGUCCUUAACAAUGAAUGCCCUCAAAAUAAGGCAUGCAUACAAAAUAAAUGUAAAGAUCCUUGUCCAGGAACUUGUGGUCAAAAUGCUUUGUGUGAUGUUUAUAAUCACAUACCAAUGUGUAGAUGUCCUCAAGGAAUGAAUGGAAAUGCAUUUAUACAAUGUUUAACAUAUCAAGCUCCAAUUGAAACAAACCCAUGUCAACCGUCACCAUGUGGUCCCAACAGUCAAUGUAGAGAAGUUAAUGGUUAUUCAAUGUGUUCUUGUCUCACUGGAUAUUAUGGAACACCACCAACUUGUCAUCCUGAAUGUUCAAUUGAUUCUGAUUGUAGUCAAAAUAGGGCAUGUUCAAACCAGAAAUGCCGUGACCCGUGUCCAGGAGCUUGUGGAGAGAAUGCGCAAUGCCACACUAUAAGCCAUAGACCACAUUGUACAUGUCCUCCAGGUUUCACUGGAAAUGCAUUUUCCAGAUGCUAUGUACAACAAUUACCACCAGAACCAGUACGCAAUCCAUGUGUACCUUCACCUUGUGGCCCGAAUUCUCUAUGUCAAGUUAUUGGAAAUUCUCCAUCAUGUUCAUGUGCAUCUGAUUAUAUUGGUUCACCACCAAAUUGUCGACCAGAGUGUAUCAGUAAUAAUGAAUGUUCUUAUAAUCUUGCCUGUAUCAAUAUGAAAUGUAAAGACCCGUGUCCUGGUUCAUGUGCUUCAAACGCUAUAUGUAAAGUAAUUAGUCAUACUCCAAGAUGUAGCUGUCCACCAGGUUAUAACGGCGAUCCGUUCACUCAAUGCAUAUUACAACAAGCGGAACCAAUUCAAGAAAUAAUAAAUCCUUGUAUACCAUCGCCAUGUGGUCCCAAUACAUUAUGUAAAGAACAAAAUAAUGCUGGUUCAUGCAUUUGUCUACCAGAAUAUUAUGGUAAUCCUUACGAAGGAUGUCGACCUGAAUGUAUGGUUAAUACAGACUGUAAUGCUAACAAAGCAUGUAUGGCAAACAAAUGUAAAGACCCAUGCCCGGGAACUUGUGGCAGUAAUGCUAAAUGUCAAACUAUUAAUCACAUACCAAUGUGCACAUGUUUACCUGGUUAUGUUGGCGAUCCAUUUAAAUACUGUCAAAUUAUACAACCGCAACAAGCUGAAAUUGUACCAAGUUAUCCAUGCAUUCCAUCUCCUUGUGGUCCGAAUAGUUUAUGUAGAGAGAAUAAUGGACAAGCAAUUUGUUCGUGCUUACCAUCCUAUAUAGGAACUCCGCCUGGAUGUAGACCCGAAUGUGUCACUAACGCUGAAUGUAUGCAAAACAAAGCAUGUAUCAAUCAAAAAUGUGUAGAUCCUUGUCCAGGAACAUGUGGACAAAAUGCAUAUUGCCAAACAAUAAACCAUCAUCCAAUAUGUAAAUGUAGCCCUGGUUACACGGGUAAUCCAUCAACAUAUUGCUCCUUAAUACAAUAUAUACCUCAAGACACACCUGUUGUUGUUAACCCUUGCUUGCCUUCACCUUGUGGUCCUUACUCUGAAUGUAAAGCAUAUGGAAACUCUCCAUCUUGUUCGUGUUUACCAACGUAUGUUGGAAGUCCACCAAACUGUAGACCUGAAUGCGUUGUCCAUGCCGAAUGUCCAAGUAAUAUGGCUUGCAUGAGAGAAAAGUGCAGAGAUCCUUGUCCAGGAUCUUGUGGUUUAGGAUCACAGUGCAGCGUAAUUAAUCAUGUACCAAUUUGCACAUGCCCAACUGGUUAUACAGGAGAUCCAUUUGUCAGCUGUUAUAUAAAGCCAAUCCCACCUCCAAAGCCACAAUAUACAGAUCCGUGUUAUCCAUCUCCAUGUGGACCAAGUGCUACAUGUAAUAAUGGAAUUUGUACGUGCAUAGUUGGAUAUCAAGGUGAUCCAUAUCGUGGUUGUCGACCAGAAUGUGUUUUGAAUGAAGAUUGUGCUAAAGAUAAAGCAUGUGUGAAAAAUAAAUGUGUCAAUCCAUGCAUAGGCACUUGUGGAAAUAAUGCCAUUUGUGAAGUUUAUAAUCACAUACCAAUGUGCCAUUGUCCACCCGGAAUGACAGGAAAUGCUUUUAUCGCAUGUCAUCAAAUAACAUUACAAGAACCAGUGAUACAAAAUCCGUGUUCGCCUUCGCCGUGUGGUCCAAAUAGUCAAUGUAGAGAUGUGAACAAUCAACCGAUUUGUACAUGCUUACCUACUUUCUUUGGUUACCCUCCUAAUUGCCGACCUGAGUGUACAGUUAAUUCGGAUUGUUCUAUGAACACCGCUUGUAUAAAUCAGCGGUGUAGAGACCCGUGUCCGGGAACUUGCGGUAUGAAUGCAGAAUGCCAAGUUGUAAAUCAUAAUGCAAUAUGUAGUUGUCCACUACAUUUAACAGGAGAUCCGUUCUCCAAAUGCUAUUAUCCAGUUGUAUCAAAACCACAACAAGAUCCAAUUAACCCUUGCGUACCAAGUCCGUGUGGACCUUACUCUGAAUGCCGUGUAACUGCUAACACUUACACUUGUACAUGUUUACCAAACUACCAAGGUUCACCUCCACAUUGCCGUCCAGAAUGUAUUUCGAAUAGCGAUUGUAGAUAUAAUUUAGCAUGCAUCAACAUGAAGUGCAAGGACCCAUGUAUUGGUUCAUGUGGUUUAAAUACUGAAUGCCAUGUUUAUAACCAUAUACCUCAAUGCACUUGUCUUCAAGGAUAUGUUGGAAAUCCUUUCAUAUUAUGUCAAAUCCAACAAACACCGCCUGUUCAACCAACACCGACAUCACCGUCAGAUCCUUGUUAUCCCUCACCAUGUGGGCCUAAUGCUAGAUGUCGUGUUGAGAACCAGCAUGCCAUUUGCGAGUGUUUACCAGAAUAUCAAGGAAAUCCGUACGAAUCUUGUAGACCAGAAUGUCUUGUUAGCUCUGAUUGCACAAUGAACAAGGCUUGUAUUAGGAAUAAAUGUCAAGAUCCAUGUCCUGGCACAUGCGGCAUAUCUGCUAUAUGUUUUGUUUCAAAUCAUAUACCAAUAUGUUCAUGUCCAGAAAGUUUAACUGGUGAUCCUUUCCAAAUGUGUCACCCAAUACCAGUUAGAGAUCCAAUUCCAUCUGAUCCAUGUGUCCCAUCACCUUGUGGACCAAAUACUCUUUGUCGCAUAAUGAAUGGUGCUGCUGUUUGCGAAUGUUUACAAGGAUAUGAAGGAUCUCCGUCUACUAGUGGAUGCCGACCUGAAUGUGUGAUCAGUCCUGACUGUCCUCGCAAUAGAGCUUGCGUGAACAAUAAAUGUAUCGACCCGUGUAUUGGAGUAUGUGGGUACGAAGCAAUUUGUCAAACUAUUAACCACAGUCCAGUCUGUUCUUGCCCACCACCCACAGUAGGAGAUCCAUUCGUUGAAUGUAAACAACAACCAGCUUUGCCAAGUGACCCAUGUAAUCCGUCUCCAUGCGGUAGCAAUGGUCAAUGUAGAGUAAUUGGAAAAGUCGCAUCAUGUAUUUAUCCAGAGUGUAUUAUUAACCAAGAUUGUCCAAGAGAUAAAGCGUGUUUCACACAGAAAUGUCAAGACCCGUGUCGAGAUGUUUGUGGAUUAAACGCUAUUUGUCAAGUAGUAAACCACAAUGCUUUAUGUUCAUGUCCUCCAGGAUACUAUGGAGAACCAAAACAACAAUGUAUAAUACAACGAUCACCAGAACCUAAGCCAGAAUGUACUACUGAUGAUGAAUGUUCCAACGACAAAGCUUGUAUAAAUUAUGUCUGUAAAAACCCAUGUCAAGAAUCACCAACUACUUGUGCGAGAAAUGCAUUAUGCUACGUUCAAAAACACAGAUCAGUGUGUGUGUGCAGAGAUGGAAUGACUGGAAAUGCUCAAAUACAAUGUGUAGAAAUUGGUUGUCGCGCUGAUACCGACUGUCCACCAGAAAAAUCAUGUGUUAACGGAGAUUGUAUUGACCCAUGUACUUACACUCAUUGUGGUCUUAAUGCACUAUGUCGAACCGAUGGGUACCACAGAGCUCGGUGUUAUUGCCCUCCCGCGUAUGAAGGAGAUCCGUUUGUAGAAUGUAGAAGACCUGAAUGCGUAGUCGAUUCAGACUGUCCAUCAACAUUGGCUUGCAGAAAUCAACAUUGUCAAAGCCCAUGUGAUUGUGCCCCAACUGCGCUGUGUAACGUAGUAAACCAUGUGGCUGCGUGUAGAUGUCCACCGGGUUACAUAGGAAAUCCUCAUACGUCUUGUACUUUAACUCCACUUGCUAUUCCACCUCAGUGCACAAUGGACUCCGACUGUGCUAGUAAAUUGGCCUGUUUCAACGGACAAUGCAAAAACCCAUGUUAUGAAAUAAAGCCAUGUGGACCAAAUGCAGAGUGUAUUGUAGUCGAUACGUUACCUCAUAGAACUAUGUCGUGCCAGUGUAUUCCAGGUUAUGUUGGCGAUGCCGAUAUUCAAUGUAAAAUAGGUGUUUCGUCAUCGGUAGGUUGUACAUCUAAUGACGACUGCCAGCCAACAGAUUCGUGCUUAAACCGCCAAUGUGUUAAUCCAUGCACUAUAUCCAAUCCUUGUUCAUCUACUGCACUGUGCACAAUCAAUAAUCACAAAGCUGUUUGUAAAUGUCCAGACGGCCUUUCUGGUGAUCCAUUCAUCAGUUGUUACAAAGUACCGCUGGCUUCACCAGAAUGUACAACAGAUUCUGAAUGCCCAAGUUCUAAAAUAUGUGCCAACCAAUAUUGUCAAGACCCAUGUCAAAUAUCAAAACCAUGUGACCCUACCGCUGAAUGUGUUACAAUUAACCACCGACCAAUUUGUAAUUGUCCAAAUGGAUGGGCAGGAAAUCCUCAAAUUCAGUGUUAUAAACCGGGUUGCAAGACCGAUAGUGAUUGUGUAUAUGAUAAAGCAUGCAUUAACAGCAAUUGUUUGAACCCGUGUUCUACUCAGAGUUGUGGUCACGGAGCUGAAUGUAUUGUGCAAGCUCACAAAGCUCAUUGCAUCUGUCCGGCCGGUACUCAAGGCUCACCAAUGGUGUCUUGCGUAUCAGUAGUGUGCCAGUAUAAUGAAGACUGUGCAGACCAUGAAGCAUGUGACAGAUUAAAUAGAAGGUGCAGACCUGUAUGUGAACAAGACACUUGUGCUGAGCAGGCAACAUGUUUAGCCCAAGCUCAUCAACCGACAUGUACAUGUCUGAAUGGCUUCCAAGGAAAUCCUUACAUCGAAUGCAUUGAAUCAAGAGUACCAUCAAUAACUCCUGAGUGCACAACCGAUUCUGACUGCCCAUCACAACAUGCUUGUGUAAAUCAGAGAUGUCAAAACCCAUGUACCAUUUCUGUGCUUUGUUCACCAGAUCAAGAGUGUCAUGUUCAAGAUACCGUCCCAUACAGAACUGUUAUGUGUCAAUGUAGAUCAGACACUGUAGCCACCAUUGAUGGCCGCUGCAAACCAAUAGUUCCCAUUACCCCCCAAUGUAAAAGCGAUCAAGAAUGUCAACUAUCAGAAAGAUGUGUAAAUCAAGGAUGCGUAGAAGCAUGUCGAAUCGAUCCAUGUGGUAUAAACGCACAAUGCAUCUCACAAAAUCAUCAAGCUGCGUGUUCGUGUCCACCAGGAUAUACAGGCAACCCACACACAGAAUGCUCAAUUCAACAAUCAAUACCAAUAUUACCACCUUCGCCAGAAUGUACGAAAAACGACGAUUGUCCGUCUGACACAACUUGUAUCAAUCAAAGAUGUGUUAGUCCGUGCACUUUAGGAGAUAGCUGUGGCCGUGGAUCAUUCUGUCACACUCAAAACCAUCAACCCGUUUGCAGAUGUCCUAACGGUUAUAUCGGUGAUCCACGCAUAGCAUGCUCUCCACCAUCGUCGGUGCCAUCCGUUGAAUGUGUAUCAAGCACUGAUUGUAGUGCAGAAGAAUCAUGUAUAAACAAAUUGUGCGUGAGUCCAUGCAAUUGCGGACCCAACUCGGAUUGUAAAGUUAAUGAUCAUUAUCCUAGUUGUAUUUGUAAGCCUGGGUAUUAUGGAAAUCCCCAACAAGGCUGCAUAAAAAUGGGAUGUACAUCAGAUGAUCAAUGUGCUUAUGAUAAACAAUGUUAUAACGGCGAAUGUGUUCCACCAUGUUUAUUGAGUGAUCCUUGUGCGCCAACUGCAAAAUGUUAUGGUGACAAUCAUCGGGCUGCGUGCCAAUGUCCGCCGGGUUACUUCGGAAAUCCGUUCGAGAAAUGUGAAAGAACUGAAUGUACAUACGACGUGGAUUGUCCGUCAGAUCGUAUGUGCUUCGACCAGCAUUGUAUCAAUCCAUGUACAGAACAACACGGUGCUCCGUGUGCAUCAAACGCCAUAUGUUCUGCCAGAAACCACGCCGCAACGUGUAGAUGUCCAGAAAACUUCCCGAUGGGAGAUCCAAAUACUUAUUGUGAACGUUUACCACCACCUUUGUUCGGUGAACCAGAAUGUAAGAUCGAUGUGGACUGCGCCAGUCGUCUUGCAUGUAUCAGAGAAAAAUGUGUGAAUCCGUGUCAAGAAAUUAAACCCUGUUCGAAUAGUGCUAUGUGCACAGUUUUGGACAGUGUACCAGUUAGAACAAUGACGUGUACAUGUUCCGAAGGUUGGGUACUCGAUGAAAGUGGUGAAUGCAGACCAGUCAUUGUUUCUUCACCACCUGGUUGUACUACCAACGAUGACUGCCCGUCAAACGAAGCAUGUCUUAACAGACAGUGCCGUAAUCCUUGCAAUUGUGGUACAAACGCCCAAUGUUUCGUUCAAAACCACCAUCCGGUUUGUUCUUGCUUGGAAGGUUACGAUGGAAAUCCAAACUUUGCUUGUAGAAUAGUGGGAUGUAAGAGAAAUUCCGAAUGUGAAUCCGGCAAAGCCUGCAUCAACGGGCACUGUCUGAAUCCGUGCAUAGUGGAAGAUCCAUGUGGCCCUAAUGCCGAAUGUUUCACGGUCGCUAGUCGCCCAGAGUGUCGGUGCAAGAGUGGCUAUCGGGGUAACCCAUACGACAGGUGCUUGGUGAUUGGUUGCCACAGUAACAACGACUGUCCCAAUGAUCGAUCGUGCAUCAACGGGCAGUGUAUCAAUCCGUGCGUGUACGAACACCCGUGUUCGUCACAAGCAGAGUGCAAAGUACAAAACCAUUUCGCCCUGUGCCGCUGUCCCCCAGGAAUGGUAGGCAAUCCAUAUGUAGCCUGCAGACAGGAAGUGCAACCUGAAUGUAAGGAAGACGCCGACUGUCCAUCACUGUUGGCCUGCUUUGACAGUGUGUGUCGUAACCCGUGCACCGCGCUGGAACCGUGCAAACGGCCGGCCGAGUGCGUGGUAAUCGAUUCGCUGCCGGUCAGGACCAUGAUCUGCGAAUGUCCCAGCGGUUACGUAAGCAGCGGCAGUGGUACUUGCAAGAUCACACCACCGAUGACGGCUGUUGCCUGUACCGCGGACACGCAAUGUCCAUCGGACAGGGCUUGCCUGAACGGUAGGUGCAUAGAUCCUUGCAACUGCGGGCCGAACUCCGAGUGUAGAGUAUGGGACCACAAGCCAGUUUGCUCUUGUCUGGCCGGAUUCGAUGGCAGCCCGGAGAUCGAUUGUUCGAGAGCCGGUUGUCGAAGUGAAUCCGACUGUUCUGGUACACACACUUGCAUCAACCGUAUUUGUGUGGCUGUGUGCGCCGCGGAUGGUAGCAGUUGUGGUACAGCGUCCGAAUGUUACGGCAUCAACCAUCAAGCCGUGUGUGAAUGUCCUCCGGGAAUGGCUGGAAAUCCGCAAAUAGCCUGCGUGGUUGCCGGCUGUCGGUCGGAUACGGAUUGUCCCAGCGACAAGGCAUGCAUAAACACCAAAUGUAUUGAUCCUUGCACCAGAAAUAAUCCAUGCGUCAAGCCAGCUGAGUGUACGGUGUACAACCACCGCACUGAUUGUGCUUGUCCACCAGGUUACGUCGGAAACGCCGGAACUACUUGCAAACAGAUCGAAGCCGGAUGUCAAAGCGAUUCCGAUUGUCCAUCACAGACGGGUUGCAUUAACAAACUGUGCGUGAGCCCAUGCGAAGUUUCAUCACCAUGUGGAAUAAACUCGAAAUGCAAAGUCCUCGACACCUUCCCGAUAAGAACGAUGACGUGCGAAUGUCUACCGGGCACUCAAGGAAAUGCAGCCAUACGAUGUGACGAAGUUUCAAAAUGUCCGAUUGACAAAGGCUACGUGAGAAACGAUGAUGGAGAGUGUGUAUGUCCACCGGGCACAGCUCUGAACCAAGAAGACGAAUGCCGUAGGUGUGUAGUCGAACUGGGAUACAAGAUCGAUGAACGCGGCCAUUGCGUAUGCGCUCUGGAUAGAGGAUUAAUCAUCGACGAAAGGGGACGUUGCAUAUGUCCGACUGAACACGGUUACAGUCUGAACAUCUACGGACAAUGUGUACCGAAAAACACGACACAACUUAGGACGGACUUCCCGAGACCGGACAUGGUUGUCACGUGUUUGUCGGACGGAGUACAAGUAGAAAUCCACAUAACAGAAAAAGGAUUUAACGGAGUACUCUACGUGAAGGGUCACAGUAAGAACGAACAGUGUAGACGAGUCGUAUCGAUGGCGCAAGACUCGUCGCCCAGGACGGAAAUAUUCAAAGUCAACUUUGGAAAUUGUGGACUUAUACACAUCAACGGCCAGGCUAGUUUUGUACUAGUAAUACAGAAACAUCCGAAAUUGGUGACUUACAAAGCCCAAGCCUAUCAGAUACGAUGCGUGUACAACACCGGUGAACAGAACGUCACGCUCGGCUUUAACGUGUCCAUGUUGACCACGGCCGGUACGAUAGCGAACACCGGACCUCCGCCUACGUGUCUGAUGAAGAUCGUCACGCACACCGGUCAAGAAAUCGACUCGGCCGAAAUCGGUGACAACUUAAUGUUACAAGUGGACGUCCAACCGUCGAGCAUCUACGGAGGGUACGCCAGAAGCUGUGUGGCGAAAACGAUCGAAGACAACGUCGAGAACGAGUACAUAGUAACCGACGAGAAUGGAUGCGCGACCGACCCGACGAUAUUCGGCGAGUGGGACUACAACGCGGAUACCCAAUCUCUGUUGGCCGGUUUCAACGCGUUCAAGUUCCCGAGUUCCGACAACAUACGAUUCCAGUGUAACAUACGCGUGUGCUUCGGCAAAUGCCAACCGGUGAAUUGCCGCGGCUAUAACGCGUUUGGAAGACGCAGGAGACGUGAGAUAUCUAAAAACAACAACGGACCAGACGACGACGCACUUGAGUCCGCCCAGCGAGGACAGCUGAGAGAAGAGAUCACGAUCGAAUCGAACGCCAUUUUAACGUUCGAACGCAGGGAAGAACGACUGAUGGACCCGACUGAAGCUCCGAUUAUUCAACCCGCCGAGGACAUUUGCGUGUCAGUCAUCGGGCUCAUCGUGGCCCUCGUCAUCACAGCCCUGCUUGCGCUGGUGGCCGUAGCCGUGGCUGUUUCGUGUUGGCUGAUGGCCUACAGGAGAACGCCGAAUGUCAACGGUCCACUGCCGCAUCCGACUCAAGUGCCGAAUCCGAUGUUCAUGAAUCACGACCGGACGUCUUCCGAACCGUCACCGGAUUACCUGACAUGAUGAUAACAACGAAGACUAAGACGACGACGAUUUUUUGUUUUUCCGUCGUCACAAUUAUUACUUAUGACUUUUAUUAUUUCACAUGAAAAAAAAAAAAAAUGUCAUACCUAUUACCACCCCCUUCCCCACAUAUAACAGUCGGGUUGUAAGCGCCCAACAAAUUAUAUUAUUAUUAUAUUAUUUUUAUUAUUUUAUAAAUACCUAUACACUGUUUUACGACUGUUAAUCGUUUGCCAUGUUUUGCGCUCGACAAAAGUCUCACGGGCCUUUAAUUAGCUGUAGACACUCGUCGCGUUCUGAUCAUUAAAAAUAACAAAAAAAUAUAUUACAUUUAAGAAAUUACACGGCGUAACAACGACGUGAUAAUAAUCGCAGACUUUGGGUUGGGAAAACGCAACAAAAAUGGUACCCCAAAUUACCGUAACACAAAUAUAAUAAUAUUAUUAUCCGAUACUAUAACGAGACGACGAGUGUUCCCCGAUUAGAGGCCUUUCUGUGAACUAGACGCGAUAUAAUUAGUCAAAACUAUUCAAUUAAAACGUAAAUAAUUGUUUCCAACGCACACAUUGCGUAAUUAUUUAUGUUUUAAUUGUUGUAUGGACAUCUCUUCCGAACGCUUACGCUGCGAGUUUCGUGGCUUAAUUAAAUACGUAUAGGUAUCUCACGCACAGACGUGUCGUCAUUAAAAAAUAUAUAUUUAUAUUAUACAUUUAUUAAAAUAUUUUUGCAAUCCGACGACUUGUCGUGCGAUAAUACAUUUUUCUUCGAUUAGGUAACGUUAAAAGUCGUAAGCUUUCGGAAGACUUGUUCAAUGUUAGUUUUAAGGUGUAUGUAUAUGUGUGUGUGUGUGUGUGUGUGUGUGUAUGUGUAAUAUAUUAGAUUUAAAUUUGUAUAAUCGUUUUAACAUUUUAAUCGAAUGUUGUGUAUGAAAGUGUGAUAUAUAAAUAACUAUUAAUUUAUUAACAAAAUAAAUAAUUUAAAAAAAAAAAAGAAAAUUAACUUCCUAA